CUCGGCCGCUGUUCCGACCCCUCUUCCUCCGCCCAGGUAAGGCCAGGUGGAGCAGGUGGCCAGCCCGGCGCAGGUGGAGCCGCAGGCGCCCCGGAGGGAAGGCGGCCCCGGAGGAGGAGGCGGCGGCGGCGGCGCGGAGGGGCGCCUUGGGGCGAGGGACGCGGCCCCCUUUGGCCGAGCCAGAGCGACGGCGGCGCCGCCGCCACAGGUCGCCGCUGCCGCCUUUGUGCAGCCGCCCGCCGCCGUCUGCGGCAGGAAGGGAGGCGCGGCAGACGGGGACCCCGCCCAGCGGCGGCGGCGGCGGCGGCGAGCCCCCGCUGCCUGCCUGCCUUGCCUGCCUGGCUCCCCGGCGGGCGGCGGCGGAGCUCCGUCCGCGCAGGAGCGCCGGGCCGCCGGGAGCCGGAGUGCCGCUGGAGCGAAGGCGCGCCAUGCUGCGGUUCCUGCGCAGGACCUUCGGCCGGCGGUCGAUGCAGCGCUACGGGCGAGCAGCCGGCGAAGGAGACGAGCGCGACGGGGCGCCCCGGGCGGCCUCGGCCGGAGCCCCGGCGCCUCCGCACAUCCAGGCGGCCGCGACGGGCGGCCGAGCGGCGCUGCAAUGCCGGGUGCAGCUGCUCGACGGCACCGAGGUCAGCGUGGAGCUGCCGGUGAGUGGGGCCCGGGGAAGGCGGGCCGGGGCUGCGGGACCUCGGGGGACCCGCUCAGCUCUCCCAUGCUAGGAUCGCCCCCUCCCCAGGCUUGCCUUCCUUCCGCCACGUGAAAUUGCAGUGUCUUUAAAACAGGGCACCGGUUGCCUUCCUUUGCUUUUUUUGUACCCCCGUGUAUGCAUUCAGACGUGCGGCUGGCGCCUUGGUCCCGGGGGCGCGUCGCUGGCUGCCAGCGGCCUCCUCCUGCCUCCCUCCCCGUGCGAGGCUUGCAAACAGGAGGGGGCGCGCCUGGGACCGACGGCUCCUCCCCUCGCCCUCCGACUCCCCGGCAGCUGCCUCCUUAUCCCCGGAGGGAUACCUGUUGCUCCCCCCGCGCGGCGUGUUUCCAGUUGCCCAGGUGGGGCCCGUUUCCAGGCCCCUUAGCCGACGGCGCGGGCGCCCUCCCCGUGUCCCCUCGGGUGAACAGCCGCCCGCAGCUGCAUUUGGCAAACUUCCUCCUCCCACCCAAGGAGAGGCUCAGAGCCGCCUCUAGCUGGCGGGGGGGGGGGGGACAAACCUGUGGCGCUGCCUUGGGCGUGGCUAAGGGAGGCGGGGGGGGUAGCUGCCCCCCAGUCAAUUAAAAAAAACAAAAAUACAUAGCAAACUGAGGUUCUGCGCUCCCCCCCCCAACAAAAGGCCUGCCCCUCCUAAUAAACCCCCCGGCUGCGCCCAUGGGAGCUGGUGCCUGUUUGUUUUUUCCUUGCCUUGCCUGAGGCAGGUGGGACCUGAGAGACCGGCCGCCUUUCUUUUUCAUCUUUGACUUGACAGGCGCAUUUCGUUGCCCACUUGGCACUAAUGAAUUCCUGGCACUGGUGAAAUUCUGCUACAAGUUGUGGUCAUGACCCUCUUCCCCUGGCAGCCAGACUUUAUAUGUGGGGAGGGGCAGAACCUCAGUUAAGUAUUUUUAUUGAUUUACUUGAUUUAAUAGGGGGAAAGCUGCCCCCCCCUUCUCCCUUGGCUCCUCCCCUGUCCCCAGGGAAGAGAGUUUUCUGACCCUUGGAUCAAGAGCCUUUUGAGUUUUCACAAUACCAGUUCCUGGUUAUUCCACCUGUGAUUGGGCUGGCUCUAAGCAGAUGACUGCCCUUUCCUAACUGUCUGCAGCUGCAUUAGUGGGCUUCGCUUCUACCUAUAGAAAGAAUCCUUGCUGGGGAUGAGUGUCAGGUGGGGGUUAGACAAACCCCCUCCCCUCCCCAUGUCCAAAAUUGUUGCUUCUGCUUCCUGCAGGUGUUCCUCCCCACACUCCCUGUUUUUAUGCUUCUUGGGUUCCUUGUGAAAUUGCCUUUACAAUGUGUUGAAUUUCUAAAGUGUUGGAUAUUGUUUUUAAAGAAACAUGAGCAACUGUAGCUUUGAAAGUAUGGAAUUGGCCGGAUAAGCUACUGUUUGCUCUCAGUAAAAAUAAAAUAAAAUGCAAAUCAGAUAUGAUAUGAUUUUAAAGCAAUAUGGAAGGUAAGCAAGGUGAAACUUCUUUUAACCCCCCAAAUCAACAGAAUUCCAUAUGAAUUUGUGUAGAGUCUGAUUGUGUAUUUUACUAAUAAUGACCUUGGAGUAAAUAUAUGUGUGUGUGUUUAAGGUGGUUUGGACAGUGCUCAAAUACACCAGAUUACCAGUGUAAUAGGUAUUAGUCUUGCAUGAAAAUACACUCCAGAAAUCAUGUGAGAGAUCUGUGUGUUUAAUCUCCAUACAGCAGGUCACUUAUUUGUAUAUCAGAACAAGCAGGUGACCUGUUUGAUGGAGAUUUUAACACAAAGAUCUCUCAUAUGAUUUCUGAAUGGUCUGUAUAUCCAGAAAUACUAUGAUCAGAGCAGAAAUACUAUAUGCUUAGAUUCCUAGGCUGGUUAUUUUAAAUAGGUCUGCCAUGAUUAGUUCUGAUACUCAGGAGGCAAUAUGUUCUUCUAAAGCAGGGCAAAUGGUCCCAAAGGAGUGAUUAUGGGGCAGAGGGCCCAGAAAUAAUUUACUAGAGGGAAUGUAAAACAGAUGUAUGGUUACACGCCCUCCAACGCUUCUCUGAUGAAAGUAAGGUAAAGGUACCCCUGCCCGUACGGGCCAGUCUUGCCAGACUCUAGUGCGCGCAUCUCACUCUAGAGGCCGGGAGCCAGCGCUGUCCGCAGACACUUCCGGGUCACGUGGCCAGCGUGACAAGCUGCAUCUGGCGAGCCAGCGCAGCACACGGAACGCCAUUUACCUUCCCGCUGGUAAGCGGUCCCUAUUUAUCUACUUGCACUCGGAGGUGCUUUCAAACUGCUAGGUUGGCAGGCGCUGGGACCGAAUGACGGGAGCGCACCCUGCUGCGGGGAUUCGAACCGCCGAUCAUGCGAUCGGCAAGUCCUAGGCGCUGAGGUUUUACCCACAGCGCCACCCGCGUCCCUGAUGAAAGUAGGAACGUCCUAUUCCAUAAUAAAAAUUUCCCCUAUCUACUUUGUCCCCCCCCCCAAUUUUUUUAUUCAGUUUAUAACACAACUAAACAACACAAACAGAAAAAACAAACAAUACAAACAAAUUCUUAUCCUUAUUUUUUCUAAACAUUGUUAGGUGGGCUUCGCCAAGGGUUGAUAGUCGUGUUCUUAUCAGGUAGGGUUAGGUAUUGAGCUUUGGUUGGGCCAAAUGAAUCAAGAUAGGGUUACCAUAUUUCAAGAAGUAAAUUCAGAAAACAAAAAGUUGUUGUGAUUUUUUUUUUAGGAAUCUCAGAGUUACUGAGCUUUUUUUAAGCAAUCAACUUCAAAAUCCCAGACAUUUUGCAGAUUUCCCAAAUUCCCCCGGACACUAUUUUCACUGCUUAAAUCUUGGACCUGUCUAGGUAGUUCUGGACAUAUGGCAACACUAGAAUCAGGGUGAGUUUGGACUCCCCCCCACUGCCAGGUUGAAGCACAAUGUCUAUACCCCCAAACAUCUGGGCUCCCACAAAGCCUCAUAUUGCUCUGCCGCAGUUAAUUUUGUUAUUUUCUGUAAUCUAAGCUUUCAUACAUAUCACUGUGUUUCUCUCUCUCCACGGACAUUGUAAGAACUGAGCCUUUUUUUUAAAAAAAGUUCAAGCUCUAUUUCAUUGUACUCUUUUUAACCAACACAAAACUCAGAACUCUUCAGAACUCCAGGCAACAUCACAAGCAUGUAAUGCUGUAAGGCCUGUGAGACCUGUUGGAGGACACAAUCAAGUGCUAGGAAGGAAAGCCAGUGGGAUGCCGCAAAGUGUUUUUUAAAAAUGUGCAGGCAAGAAAAUACUCCUCAGCUGCCUCUUUAUUAUUUUUGAGUAAGAAAGAGUAAGUGACAAGUCCAUGCCCCCACUCCAGAUCAUGGAGGAAAGUGAAUCCCACUUACUUCUGCUGCAACCCCACCCAGACCUAUUUGUCUGCAGUUUGGCAGGCGUAAUCCAUGCUAUAACCAAUGCAAGAAAGGGGGGGGGGCAGACAAAGGACCCCUUUCCCUGCCAUGGAUGGACCUUAGGGAAAGGGGGGGAGGGUGCAGGGGUUCCCUGGCUGUCCAAGAGACAUGAGAGAUGAGGGCCCUGGGUUCUGGAAGAAUUGAGUUUAAGGGCAUGAGGGGAAGGCCAGAGAGCGAGAAAGGACAGCCAAACCAUUGCACAUGAACCAGGAACUUCAGAGGUUGGCGAGGUUGAAGUUCAUUGACUGAUCUUUGAAAUAAGCAGGCAUCCUUGGCUUCAGGCCUUUGUUUUUAGAUGAAUUGCUCAAAAUAGCCAUUGAUUUUAUUUUUGCCCACUUUCUUGCAUUUCAUUUUACUGUGCAGCUAUUUUUUUAAAAUAAAAAAACCUAUUAUUUCCCUCUUCUCUGAAGUGCAUAACCUCAAAAGGCUACUAGAAAUUGUGCUUGCCUUUUAAUGGAAAGGCAGUUUCCUCAUCAGGCUUUUCAAGUCUUGAUCUCAUAAUGCUUUCAUGCUCUCUUCCUAUGCUUUUAAGUCUUUACAGUGCACUUUUUCAAAAGGGCUCUCUCUUCUUUCUAAAUGGAGUGAUGCACUCUCUAGCCUCUUGAAGCUAGAACUCCUCAGGGUGUUCCACGCCGAACGACACAGAUUCUGACACGAAUGUCCGUUCAUCUGUUGCUGUGGAGCGAUUGCCUAUGGCGAGGAGGGUGUAAAUGUAGCCAUUAGUUCCCGUUGACCUGAUCCCAUGUGAUUCACUGUUUUAGAGAGUAGUGAGAAGUGAGAGGAGCACUUGGAACACAACCCUUCUCUCUGCCUCAGUGUCUGGGCCAGCUAAAAGCUUUCCGCUCUCUAUCUCAAAAAAUUAAAAUUGCAAAUCUGCCCCUUCCUCUAGCUAUGAGAGAGGCCCGCAAACUCCGAUGAGUAUUGCACUCCAAGUCUGAAAAAAUAUUCAGGGAACUUGUUGAAUCAUCUUACUCCCAAACCCACAAUUGUUUCCCUUAGUUUCAGGAGGAAAGCCUUUGUGACAUCACCAGUCAUGACAACACUUCCCACCUUCAGCUCAAGAGAAAUGUUCAUACCUAGCAACUAACACAGCAGAAGCAGGAGGAGGGAGGAGUUUUUGGUGUCUGCCUGUUAAUUCUGUGAAGGGAUUCCUCCCCCCCCCCCCAGGGCAAAGAAAAUCUAAUGUAGCCACUGCACUGGACUAAAGCUGAAUGCAACAGAAAGUAAGUAAGGAAGUGAAAUGUGGGGUGUGAGAAGGCAACCAACGAUAAAGGCAGGAUUCAGAAUUGUAGAGUUGGGAGGGGUCCAACCCCCAGCAUUGCAGGAACCAGGAAUCUUUGAGGGACAGAAUAAAGGUGGGUCAAUGGCAGCUGCGCCUCGGAUGUCGUCCCCAAUGCACUGCAUCCUCACAGCAUUUGAGGAGCUUCACGUGAGUCUUUUGAUGAAGAGCAGCUAACCACAAAGAAAUCCUAUUUUUAAAAAGUCAUAUAGAUUGAUACUACACAAGCUCGCUUCUCUGCUUCAUUGUUAUGAUUUCUUUAUAAAGAUAUGUCCACAUAUUCUUAAAACCCACAUUUCUGUUAAUGAAUUAAUUAUAUAGUAUGAUUUUGAAAUACAUCCCAACACCAUCUUGCUAUUUUGCUACUGAAAGAGCUGUUAGACAGUGGAACAGUCUCCCUGGAGGUUGUGGACUUUUCUUCACUGGAGGUUUGUAAGCAGAGGCUGGAUGGUCACCUGUUGUGGGUGCUUUAGUUGAGAUUCCUGCAUUGCAGAGGAUUGGACUAGAUGAUCCUUGGGGUCCCUUCCAACGCUACAAUUCUAUGAUUCUAACUCAUAAUUGUGGCCAGCCCUGAGCUUGCACUAUUCAGAGGUGUACUGCCUCCAAACAGAGAUUUCAUUUAGGUGUCAUAGUUAAUAGCUAUUGAUGCACUCCUUUUCCAUGAGCUUCCUUUAAUUCUUUUUAAAACCCAUCUGACAAUGUCUUCUUUCUUUUUUUAGAACAAUUAGUGUAAGUCUGAAAUAAUUUCAUUUUAAACAAGUGUUAGGAAUGGCUCAUCACUGGCAGUUAAUACUUGAGUGUAGCUCAUGAAUGAAAAUGUUGGCUCUCAUCUUCAUACUGCUUCUCUAUUCUAGACUGGUCCUGGAAAACAUGGUAAUAAUGCCUAGAACUUCGGUACACCAUCCUGUAAUCCUUGCACUAACUCUAUAAGAAGUGGUCAGCCAGUGUCCUCUGGAAGCUGGUGGGUCUACUGAGAGUUUUAUGGUGGGGUGGUGGCCAACUUUUGGUUUUCUCCCUAUCUUUCUCUCUUGCAUAGAUACUUAAGUGGACACUUAAGCAUUGCUGUUUUACGAAUAGCACCAGGGUGGAUUUGAUUUAAAUCAAAUUGAUUUAAAUCACAAUUUAAAUCGCUAGUCAGUAAGACUUGAUUUAAAUCAUUUUUAUUUAUUUUUUACAGAAAACUCAUUCUUGCUGGUAUAAUCUUAAUAUUUACAACUAGAUGAAGGUUUCAUUUUUUGGAACAACAAAUUUUCAGAGUAGUUUUUACAGUUACUGUAUAUAAAAAAUUACUGAUUUGGUUAUACUAUUAGAAAUACAUAGACAGAUAAUUAUGAAAUUAUUGUGAGGUUUAAUAAGUUAGCUGUUUAUAGGGGCUAUAUUUCCCAGCAGCCCUGGCUUUGGAGAGGCUGGUCCUUCUUUUUCUAGAGGGGAGAGAGGGGAGGAGGAAAGAUAAAGUUGGGAGACCUAGUCUGGAAGAGGCUUGCAGAAAGAGGAGGCCGAGGAGAAACAGGCUGGUGGAAAGCUGGAAAAGGGGAACCGAGGACUGGAGUGGAGAACUUCAGGGAUUCCUGCUGCAGGACUGAAGUUCCCGGUAGAGGCUUUAUUGUUUGGAGAAUGUCAGGCCAGCCCCGGGAAGAAGGGCCUGGAACCAGUGAACUCUUCUUAGUUGACCUGCAAGCACUUCAAGGACUUACAGAUCUCAGUUGUUAUUUCCACACCCCGACCCCCGUUUGGAUUUGCUUCUGCAUUCAGGUGCCUAUUCUGUACAGUUGGGUGUGAGUGCAGUUGUUGGAACCCAGUGGGAUUGGGAAGAGGUUGCCAGCCCUGAAGAGCCUUCAGCAAUUGCCUCAAGUCUGAGGUGCACACAAAGCAUCCCUGCUGCCAGAAUUGCAUCUCUGCUGGGAGAAAAGUUGUCUUCUUUUCCACCUGUUUUGGCACUCUCCCUGUCCUCCUCUUUGCAAAGAAACAGUGGACAUUUGAACAUUGGCAUUUUAUACUUAGCAGUUUGAGCUGUUUGCAGAUGUAGAAACAGCUCUGAGCAUGCUCAGAACAGUCCGUGGGUCUACUCAAAAAGUAGACUAGUUCUUGUUAUCUGGAUUGAAAUAGUGACAACAGUGAGGAGGGGAAAUUACACAUCCAGGACAAAUAGCUAGUACUUCUGGUAAGAUAAAAAUUGGGUUUGGUGCUUAGAGACAGAUGGGCAGAUCAUGACCCCUGGUCUGGGAAUAGUUUUGGACUGAGAUUAACUGAGUGGUGCAGAGAGCUCAUUAGCCAUAGAAUGGGAGAUUGACAGAAAAGUACCCAGGGCAGACUCUGCAUUGAAAUCAAUUGUGGAAUGAGGUGUGGGACAGGAAAGAGUGUGGCUUUGAGAUUUGAGGACUUAAAAAAAAAUUCUGGGCAUUUCACUUGGUAAGGUGAGCCCUGGUUGUCCCAAUGAAUCAGCUUCCACCUCAUUAGGUAAGAAUUAGGAUUUGAAAUUUGCUAGGUGCAAUUUUUCACCUGACUCUUGGCCCUUGUGACUGAGUGAAGAUGCCUGGGCAAUAGGAUGGCACCUGACGUCUCUGCCAUCUGGAGGUGCUUGCCUGGGGAUUCUUGGAUCUUGACUAUUUUCAAACACUAGCAACACACCCUAUAGAAUUCUAUCUGUGAUAUUUUAUCUGCACAAUCAGAAGGAAUCACAGCACCAAAAAGUCGUAUUGAAAAAUAUGACUUUUGAGCCAGCUGGCCCAAAAAUGGCAACUAGGCAUUCUGUUUUGGCGACUGUAACCCUGGUUUAAGGAGCCAUUUUCACCUAGCUUAUAUAUCUGAGUUUCUAACACUGAUUACAGGGUUAUGUGUGGCUUGAGGGCUUCGAAGAGGGUUUGCUUCAAGUUACUUAGUGAGUUCAAAGACGAGGUGAAAUUUGAACCAGGUUCUCAGGAUACUCUUUAUUGGAGCAGCUGUAGUGUUGAGGGUAGCAAGCUUUUCUUUCAGUGGCUCUGAAAUGCCCAUUACCACAUAAUACUUUUUUUCUGUAGAGCUCUGUGUCCCUUAUCAAACUUUUGAGUAUACCAAAUCAAUUUGGUCUAGUGGAAACUCUCGCAUGAACAAAAUUGGAUUGUGUCUGACAGUAGAAUUAAAUGCUUCAUCUCCUUGAGUACCUGAGCUGCCAAAGGGAAAGUUUUGAAUGUGUGCGUUGCCUUUCACCCUCAUUACUGAGCUGGAACUGAAUAGUUUGAAAGGCCUGGCGGGAGAAGCUCCUGGCAGGCCACGGUGCGUGUCUUGAGGGCUGCAUUUGACAUGUAGGUCACAAGCUGUGCUAAUCCACCCCAAAGCUAAUUUCAAAAAUAAGGCUGGGGCUUUCCCCUCCUCAAACAACGUUAUCCACCAAAUCUACAAAAAAUAACGCUUCACCAUUUUUCACAGUUGCGGUCAAUUAGGCAAAUAUGUUACUUAGAAAAUAUGCUUAUUCCUAUGAUGUUUGGAUUGCAUGAAAUGAGCAAAGUGGUUCUCCAUUAAGGCUAGUAACCCACUGGUUCCAUUUGCUGCUUUGGUGAAGAUGCUUUUCUCCUUUCAGGCCUGGGAAGCUGCCUUUACCAGAUCAGACUGUUUGUCCAUCUUGCCGAGUGAUGUAAACUCUGACUGAAUUCCUCUUCAGGCUCUCAGAUAGAAGUUCCCCCCAACACCUGUACUUUGCGUUGUUGUUGUUGCAGUUGCUGUUGUUGUUGUUUUGUCACCCUGCCUAUCUGGCUGGGUUUUCCCAACGCUAUGGGUGGCUUGCAGUGCAUAUAAAAACAUAGUAAAAUGUUGCGCAUUAAUAACUUCCCGAUACAGGGUUGCCUUCAAAUGUCUUCUAAAAGUUGUGUAGUUCUUUAUUCCUCGACAUCUGAUGGGAGGGCAUUGCAAAGAAGGGUGCCACUGCCGAGAAGGCCCUCUGCUUGGUUCCCUGUAACUUCACUUCUCACAGUGAGGGAACCGCCAGAAGACCCUCAGAGCUGGACCUCAGUGUCUAGGCUGAGCGAUGGGGGUAUAUACUGGGCCAAGGCCAUUGAGGGCUUUAAAGGUCAGUACCAACACAUUGAAUUGUGCUCAGAAAUGUACUGGGAGCCAGUGAAGAUCCUUUAGGACUGGUAUUAUAAGGUCCUGGUGGCUGCUCCCAGUCACCAGUCUAGCUGCUGCAUUCUGGAUUAGUUGUGGUUUCCGGGUCACCUUCAAAGGUAGCCCCACGUAGAGUGCAUUACAGUAAGCCAAGCGGGAGAUAACCAGAGCAUGCACCACUCUGGCAAGACAGUCCGUGGGCAGGUAGAGUCUCAGCCUGAGUAGCAGAUGUAGCUGGUAGACAGCUGCCCUGGACACAGAAUUGACCUGUGCCUCAUGGACAGCUGUGAGUCCAAAAUGACUCCCAGGCUGUGCACUUGGUCCUUCAGGGGCACAGUUACCCCAUUCAGGACCAGGGAGUCCUCCACACCUGCCCCCCCUGCCCCCCCAAAACAAUACUUCAGUCUUGUCAGGAUUCAAGCUCAAUCUGUUAGGUGCCAUCCAUCCUCCAACCGCCUCCAGACACUCACACAGGACCUUUACCACCUUCACUGGUUCUGAUUUAAAAGAGAGGUAGAGCUGGGUAUCAUCCGCAUACCGAUGAACACUCAGCCCAAACCUCCUGAUGAUCUCUCCCAGCAGCUGCAUAUAGAUGUUAAAAAGCCUGGGGGAGAGGACGGAACCCUGAGGCACCCCACAAGUGAGAGCCCAGGGGUCUGAACACUCAUCCCCCACCACCACUUUCUGGACACGGCCCAGGAAGAAGGAGCGGAACCACUGUUUCAUGUAGAUGAUGAACUUUUCAGUCCAGGGUAGUAGUUUAUUUUAAACUCAUUUGCCCUACUACUUAUAGCACCAGAGAAUUUAAUUUAAAUUCUGUUGCUCUUUGGCUGCAGUCCUGACACUGCCUGCCUGCUUUUAAGCAUACCAAUAGCCUGCAAAUUGCAACAUUAGGUUAGCAUUAGACUAGCUUCAUGGACCUUCUAGAGCGCACUGUCAGGUUUAAAUAAGUAAAGGACCCUUUUAUUGUUCAGAUUUCCUGAUACUGCUUCUCUUGUCUCACAACAGCAAAGUGCAUUUCAGAGAACAACUGCUUUUUUAAAUCAUAAUGGCAUUUCACUAGACUCUGGAUAGUUUUAUGUUGUAAUGGGAAGAUGACAUCAUAAUGAAACAUUGUUCAUGUCGGAACCUUGAAUCAACAUUUUCAAGGAGUUAAAAUCAAGGCUGUACCAUCAGUUAAAGACAUUUAGGUUGGUCAUUUUACCAUUUAAUCAAUUAGUUCGUUUAAAUUUACAUAUGCAUAUUCAUACCUCACUACUGUAUAGACCUGCUUCUUAGAUUUUGGAAGAAGUGCGAAGCUAAUGUUAAAUCUCACCAUUUGCAAUAAAUGAUGUACAAUGCUUUCUUUUUUAAUUCCCUAUUACAGUAGCAUCAGCACCAAAGUAGCUUCAAAAAUAAAAAAUGCAUUUUACUGCAGCCCUACUAAUUAAAAUUUUGCCUCCCAACCAAAUUAGUUAUUUUGCAGCUUUAGUUCUUUAAAAAUCCAUUCAGUACAAUUUCCAGGGCUACAUAUGUAUAAGUGCGUUCAACAUGUUGGAAGUAUUUUCUGUAACAUGUUUACAAACCAUGAACUUUGCCCUCAGAGUUCAGUGAACCUUUUGCAUUUCAGAUAUGAAUAAACGUUGCAAUUGCUUCCUCUUAAAAUUAAAAAAAAAAUGCUAAAAUGAGGCAAGACAGCUUUCCGGGAGUCAGUGAAACUCAGCAGGCACUGUCAGGCUGCAGAAACUUGCUCAUCUGUCAUGGUUUUUGUUGCUGUUUGCAGUGUGUGGAAUGUUUGCAUGAUUCAGGAAGUUGCCCUUCAGCAUCCAGGACUUAGGUGUGCAAAUAGAAAGCAAGUUACUUUCAUUUUCUCUCCCUCAGGGUGUUGACAGGCGGCCUUUGUAAGAGGGCUAUUUGAGGUGUGUGAAAGUUGGCAAAUUUGGCUGAAUUUUCAGGAUCUUGUCAACAAACGUUUAUCCUUAUUUUUGCCAUACUUGUUCCUUCCUCUUUUUUCAUCCUAAAAGGCUUCUGCUGAGUAUGUUAAAAUCCUUAGGAGGUGCUUUGUAAGCAGGAUCUUAUUUUGUACCUUUUAAAUUUGGUGACAGGUGCUUCCUAGUUUUUUGCUGCCCUAAUUUUUUAUGUGUGAAGUGAGUCCUUUAGAAUUUGCUAAAUAUAUAAUGCAGUUUACUGAAUACAAGCAUGGGAUGUAAGUGCCCUGCCACUGAAACACAGUUUGGGACCUGAAAACUUGCUAACUAUUUUGCAAUUACUUUGGUUGAUUCUAAUACAUAGUUUGUCCAACUAUGGAUCAUGGUAUUUUCCUAUGGACAACUUUCUUAGUUUUUAUAUAUUUGGUCAGUACCUGUUUUCAUUUAAUAUCUCAUAAUUAGCUGACUUUGGCUGAGUGUUUUCACUGAGGCGCCAACUGCAUUGGGAUGGUUGCUUGCUUUGGCAGUCAGAGUGAAGAAAAAGGGGUGUUUCUGCCCCAAAAGUGUGCUGUUACUUGCAGGAACAUUAUUGGCUGACUAACCUCAGGGCCUGCAAUGUGAAGAAACUGCCUCGGGUGGCAGGAUCCACAGGAGCAGCAGAUCCAGCUUCCAAGGAAUGCAUUGGCUGUUGCUGCUGCCACUGCCAUGAGAAAAGCAGGGGCCUGUGGCACAGUCCUCGGAGGAUGGGGCCUCCACAGCCCUGCCAAUGCUGCUUCUAUUCUGGGUGAAUAGGAGGUGCUGCUGGUCUCCUCCCACCCCCAGGAAGCAAGUGGCGGGCCGGGCUGCUCUCUGGGGUCUGCUGGGCUCUGCACCCCCCCAGCGUGAUGCAGAGCAGAUCCUUCCUUCCGCCCGACAGCCUUUGAUCCCCAUUUCAACCAUCAGGUUAGGUUGGUUUCAUUCCUGCCUUGUUCCCGAUGUAGAUCUCCAUUCCCCGCUUCUUCCCUGACGGGUGUUGGUGCCAUUUUGUGGCUUGCCUCAGGUGCCAAAAUGUCUCUCCCUUACUAACUUUGUAUCUUAAGCUUAUAGUUGUGGCAAGAAACAAAAUUCUGACGCUGGACUCCCUUCCCUUUUAAGAGGGGGUGUAUGGCGGCCUUAUAAGGAUACUUCUCUGUGGAACCCUUAACAAGAAGGCAGUGCAACAGGAGCUGCCUAGAGAGAGUCCAGGGUGAAAUUCAGUGUUUCCUCCUCUGGUUUGAAAUGAGAUUACAGAUUUUUAUUGCAUGUGUUGAUUAGGCAACCAGUGCCAGGAUGUUUUGGGUUAAUUCGCAGCGUUGCCUUGUUACCAAUGACCGCUGUUAACUAUUUUGCUUUCAUAUAAUUAUUAAUAUCUGUACAAUAUCUGUAGUUCUCAAAUCCUUGGGUGAGAAUCAGACAAAGUUUUGUUAUUUGUAACAAAGCCACUUGGUAUAAAAUUAAGUGAAAAACAAGGUCUCAUUCUCUGAUCAAUAUUCUUAAAGGAUAAUGCUUGUUAUAAUGGAGUUGGCAUUUGAGCCAUAUGUUUGUUUGUUUUUUUAACUGGUCAGUUUUAAUGCUAUCAGAUCCAGGCAGGUAAGAAAGCAACAUAUAAAUGAACAACUUCCAAGGGGAAAGUUAACAUUUUUUCCUUUUUCUGUUUCUUACUGGAAUUCAUGUAAUGUUAAGUCGCUCCACAAUGAGCAUAUAUGCUGUGGGCUACCAGAAGGAAGGCUGUGGGCUCUUUGCUCCUUCCUGGUCCUGCUGCUGCUUUGCGGGGCCACAGUUUGGCUUAGCAUGUCGUCUAAGCUCAGCCUCAUGGUUUAGCUUUCUUCCAGACAAACCACAAGGUGUCACCAAGGUUUGUCCUGUGGUUUGUUUGGGGGACAGCACACCACAAGGCUGGGCUCAGAUGACACAUUAAGCUAAACAGCAGCUGAGUUCAGUGCAGUGCUGCAGCAAGAGAGCCAGAGAGAGAGAAUUUCCUCUCUGGAAACCCAUUCAUUUGCAUCGACUAAGCCGUCAUUUGGCUUAGCUUUAAUUGUUACCUAAUUCAUACAUGCACGUGACACCAUUCCUGUAUCAGUUUUAUUAAUAUUUUGAUGGUGUAUUUUCAUGUAGCAUACGGACUCGGUUUACUAUUUUUUUGGCAAGAUUUUGACAGUGUAUAUCUUAUUUUUAAUGGCUUUGCUGUACAUGACUCAUGCAACAAGGUGAUCUAAAUAAUUGUAUAUUCACACUGAAGGCUUUUACUGUGUAUGUUUUGGAAUGUAAUACGGAAACUAUACUUUGACUUCAACUCCUUUCUGUAUGGAACCUUGCGCAAGGUUAGAGGAUGAUGUUCUCCAGCCCUGUGCACUGAUGAAACAAUAUUUUGAAUCAAUAGACUAGUAAUCCCUUGCAGAUGAUGUAGUUACUAACCUAUGGCAUAUCAUUGUUUUCUUAGAAAGAAUAGAACAGUCAUUCUACCACUUAAGACGUAGGUCAUUGUUAUGCUUCUUUUCCAUCUUUUCGAGGGACCUCCAGCUUCUGCCAAAUUAAUGUUCUCUCUGUCAGUGCUGCCAAGACUCUUGAAGAGCUUCUGUUGUCCAACAGUAGGAACAAUCGGGGGUUGGAGAAGGCUUUCUCGGGGGAACCAGCCAUCCCUUCUGGGUUCCAGCAGGAUCUAGUGAGAGGGGUGCAUGCCCUCAGAGGUGCCCCUUGGAUUCCACUGCCUUAGGGCUUGUGCAUGACCAGAAGGAGACUCUGAGCUCUUUGGCCAGGCUCCACUAGGGGCGGGAAAGCUCCUGUCCCCAACAGAGCCAGCCCUGAUUUCCCUGCUGCUUGUGCUUGCGCAGCCAGGACCUUGGGGCUCCUUGGCCAGACUCCCUCCGCGUUCGCUGAUGUGGGGGGUGGGCGAGCUACCUUGUCCACUUGCCUCCCACUCCCCGAUGACGGACCAGGCGGCAGUUUCCAAGCACACAGAGCCUGACAGGCUCUGUGCAUUUGACUGCCUUAGCCUUCGCCUGUGUGGGUGUGCUGCCUCUUUCCUGGGGAGGGGGGUUCAUUCACCCCAGAAGGAAAGACACAGCCCACCCUCCUGGGCGAAGGCGCCUUGUAGAGAGGGGCUGCUGGAGGCUGCUAGUGAGCGCUAGACCACCUGGCUGCCUUCCACCGAGAGGGUGGGCUCCAAGCAAGGCUGCAACCCCAAUCCCACUCCUACUCAUGUGCAAGCAGGAGCGGGUUUGGGGCUAUCUCAGCUGGGAAGGGGGACUAGUUUAAUGAAGCUGCUGGCUUGUGGAGGGUCGGGGGCUCUGAAAAACUGCUUGUUUCUCCCUCUGCCUGUCAGGAACUGGGCAGAGGAGGAAUGUUGGAGACUGCCUCCUCAGGAGAAGGAAGAGGAAGAGGAAGAGGAAGACAGUUUAGAUUACACUCAGCACUGGUGCUGGCCUGGGACAAGGCACCGCCAGGCAUCCUCCCCUUGCCCUGGCAGGAUGCGGCAAGCAGGGCAGAGGGCGCCCGAAAGGGCGACGAUGGGAAGCUUUGAAUUCUCAGGCGGCGUGAGCAGGGUGGGGGAGUGGGGCUGUUUUACCCUUGCCCUGACAGUUACAACCGCCUGCAAGUGGCGCUCAAAUUGGAGCAUGUUUGGCUUCCCAAAAAAGUUUGCAAACUGGAACACUUACCUCCGGGUUUGCGGCUUCGGGUUCCAAGUUGUUUGACGACUAAGCUGUUCGAGGACCAAGGUACCACUGUAAUGGGAGAGGAGGAGCAGGCAGAGUCAGAGCAGCAACUGGUUGACAUGUUGUCACUAGAAAGCAUUCCAGACCCUCCAUCUCCCAGAACCUGGCGAGUCUUGAAAGUAGGAGAGCAAAGAGCUCAAAGACAGAGGGCACUUAGCAGCACCCGUAGAGGAGAUGAUGGUGAUGAAUGAAGAAGUGGGAGAGAAGGGGGUGGAGAUUCAUUCGGGACAACGCCAUUAUCCAAGAGGUUGGGUUCUAUAGCCUCUCUGUAAAGACUGAAAUAAAAAAGAACUGUAAGAAACUUUGCCUUGCCUUUCUACUUUCCUGGGCAACCAGCUGGGAGCCGCUGACAGCAGCCUGACACAGCCAGGGCAGAGUGUGAUAUACCGCUGGUGAAACCGUCCCUGCUUGAGUCCCUCUGCCUCCAGCUCCUGGCUAGUUUGUUUGUCCUUCGGUGUGCUGGGCGCUGGAGACAGAGGGACUCAAGCAGGGAUGGUUUCACCAGAGAUAUACCGCUGAGUGAAGCUGAAGCUGCCAUCGCAGUCUCCCCCAUACUGGUUCUGGGAAAUAUAUUGCCCUGGCCAGUUGUAGCAUCAUUCCACAUCGUUGUAUUUUUGUGGCAGGCUAUACAGUGGUACCUCAGGUUACAUACGCUUCAGGUUACAGACUCCGCUAACCCAGAAAUAUUACCUCGGGAUAAGAACUUUGCUUCAGGAUGAGAACAGAAAUUGUGCUCCAGAGGCUCAGCAGCAGCAGGAGGCCCCAUUAGCUAAAGUGGUACUUCAGGUUAAGAACAGUUUCAGGUUAAGAACGGACCUCCGGAGCGAAUUAAGUUCUUAACCUGAGGUACCACCUUAUAAAGUUUCUACUUUUUAGCCCUGUGAACUUGAUUAUUUGUGGCCCACUCUGCUUAUUGCGAUGUUUUUGAUCCCUGAGUUUGCCGUGAGUGAAAAGUUACCCCGGCUGGCACAAUUGCUGGUGUUUGGGAGGCAAGCAGUUACCACAUAGGGUGGUAACAUAUCUGUGAUAUGUUUUUUGCCUAAUUUUGAGGCAUUGCAGCAAGAAAGGGUGUGUGACCACUGGGCUCUGAGCUGCAGAUUACAAAUACUGUUAACAGCUUUCUCCAACUCCUCUAGUUAUAUGCAGUGUUUGUUUGCUUUUUACUUAUUUAUAUAUACAUUUCUGUCAUACCCUUUUAGUGGCUGUGCAUCACUCAAGGCAGCUUAUGACAACUUAGAAUCACAUAAGAGCAUAAGGAUCAGGCCGGUAGCCCAUCUAGUCGAGCAUCUUGCCAUGACACUCGCCAGCCUGUUGGAAGCCAGUGCGCAAAACCCAAGUGCAAGAAUGCUCUGCUCUCCUGCAUUUCCAGAAACUGGGACUGAGAAGCAUUUCUGCCUCCAGCCAUAGAUAUAAAUUCACAUAGAAAUAAUUAAGAUAAAAUAAUGAAAUACACUGCCCCCCCCCAAAUAAUUAAUUGGGUUUCUUCACCAUUAUGUCACUUGAAAAAUGACUUGUGGCAUAUACAUAACCUUGGCUAUCUGUUUAUCCAGUCCUUGCGCUUAUGUUCUGUGUUUGUGCCAAGAUAAAUAAAGAUUCUUUCAUUCUAUACUCUGCAUUUUGCUGUCAGAAGUUAGUAUAACACUGAUUUGUAUGUUGAGCAGUGAAGUGGAGAUAGUAGCUUUGAAUGUAACCAAAAUAUUUAACAGCAAUGAAUUUUGUGGGGAUUUGUAAGUACAUGAGUAUUUUCCCUACCAACCCCCCCCCCCACAAAAAUCCACUGUAUGUUUUAUAACAUUUUUCCUGUGAAGAAAAGGCAUGUUAUCUCUGCAGACACAAAUUCACACGUUUAAGAACUGCAAAAACAAGCAUCUGUGAUAAUAUCUUCUCAUUAGAGAAACUGCCCCAAAUAAUCUUACAGAAACCUCUGGAAGAGCAUGACAUUGUGAAUGGAUUAAUGGAAUUCGUUUACCAAAAAAUCUAAACAUUGCAUAUAAAGCCUCAUGCUACAUAAUUAAAAACAAAUACUUAUUUCCUGAUGAAUAGCCUUUGGACUGUAAUGUAACUGAAAUGGAAAACUAUCUUUAGAAAGAUUUUUCCUCCAAAAGCAUUUUAUUUUUUUAAAAAUCUGGUUUAAAUUUAAAAAAAAAGAUUUUAUAUAUAUAUAUAUAUAUAUAUAUAUAUAUAUAUAUAUAUAUAUAUCUCAUUGAUUUUUAUCCACCCUGGUUCAAUCAUGGUUUCUAAGGUCACGACAUAACACUACAAGUCAUGACUAGGAAGGUCAAAACAUGGUUUGUGGCCAAUUCUUGACCAUCGUUUAGGCAUUCCAAGAUCUUCAGGGGGGGAAAUAAGGAAGCCAAUAUAUAUAUACGUCAGGACUGACUUUUUCUUUCUGGUGCAUUUAACUGCAUGUUCUUUGGGCACUCUUAGAACUGGAAUCUAGACCUUCAACUCUGCAUUCUGCUUGAGGGCCAAAGAACUUGCUUUAGGUGGUUGUUGUUGCUCCAAUGUCAUUCCUUCUGAAUAUGUGCAUUUGUAAAUAUAAUUUUUGGAAUAUGUUUCAAUUUAUAGUUCACCCUGUCCAGAAGUUGCUGUCCAGACUGAACAGUGCCUUUUCCUUACUCAUCCUUGCAAACUUUUUAAAUGGCAGCAUAGUUUUAAUGAUAAGAAACGGCGGCUGUAAUACAAUGAUUUGCUAGAGUUGAUGCCUGAACUUAAUUUGAAUCCUUAUCUCCUAUGUCUGAGUCUGUACAGGCUGUCUUGAUUUCUCUCAUAAAGAUUAGGAAGAUUUAUUUUGACUUAAAAAUGCUUUCUGAAGUUAUUUUCAGACAAAUUCUUUUUCUGAAUUAGUUGUAUAAAGGGUGACAUACUUACUUCUCUCCUAAAUCUUCUAAUCUUCAGUAAUCAGAGGAGGACCAUCUGGUUGUGAGAUGAGACCUUGCAUCCAAGACCUUUAAGUUGUUGUAACAAGAUACAUCUGCCUUGAAGCAAAUAUUAAAAGGGUUUCUCUUAAAAAAAUAACCAGAACAACUGCCUGAAGAUUACCACAUACCUUCCAAAUUCCUCAUUUUGAUUUUGGCAUCGUUUAAAAAUGCUGCAUUUGUUUGUGAGGGACAUGUCACCUAUCCUUUUUUUAAGUGUUCUUUUUCUUAUGAUUCAAAUCCUUGUCCACAUUCCUAUUUAUACAGUAGAAUUAUGUAAGUCUGCUUAGCGACAAGGCAUCUAUACCUGCAGUUAUACUAAGAUUUCAAGUAAGUGAUCUUGCCCACGUAGGUAGGUAUAGCAGGAGUGGCGAGCCUCCAGUUUGGGGUCCUGAUCCACACACCCCGGCAUUUUUUUCUGGCCUUCCAAGACACUCCCACCCCAAUUUUGGUGGCAGUGGCAGAAACAAAAAUAAAGUUCACACACGGCAGCACUGGGGCGAUAAAGCUCAGUGCCCUGAUUGGGAUGCCAAUCACCCCUUCCUCACCCCUCACUUGGAUCAUUUGAAGAGUGGAGAUGGGGCAAUGCGCCCCUGCUCUGAUCUGCAGAGGUUGGCUGAGGAGAGGGGACUGUGUGUGUGUGUGCAUGAGAGUGCAUGAGAGAGUGUGAGGUGGUCACAGCCACUUUCGCCCACAGCCACUACUGGCAUGCAGCAGCUAAUAAGGGUGACUGCAGCCCUCGGACCAUAAAACGUUGGCCACCCAUGAGGCGUAGGAUCGCAGCCUGAUUUGAAAACAAGUCCACUGAACAGAGUGGAACUGCGGAGUAACAAUGCACAAGUUUGGGUCGUACCAAGUGUCCAGUACUUCCCAGAGGCAAAUAAAGGGAGUUACUGGGGAAAAUACUCAGAACUGAUCAGAGAGUUCAGGCAUUUCAACAAAAAAUAGGAGUACAACAGGAUUGAGGUGUUUUAACUCUUGUCAGGGCCGUUGACUCAUAUAUAGGAGAUAUAAAAGCCAUUAUCCGGACUGGAAGCAAGUGGAACCAGAGUCUGCAUUAUAUGGGGCGUGGGGGGCAUGUUGGUAUUUUAUUUUUUUUUAAUGAUAUUUAUUAAAGUUUCAAAAAAGGUUACAAAAAUAGAAAAAAGAAAAAAAGAAAAGAAAAAAUACAAAAUACCAAAAAAAUAAAAAUAAUAACACUUCUUUCAUUUACUUGUUUCCCUGACCUCCUCACACCUCCCUUUUUUGUAUUCCAGUUCAGUUAGCUAAUUCAGCAAAUCCUUUCCCUCUUUGUUUUUAUCCUAAUCCUUUAACUUAAUAUAUUGUAACUUUAAAUUCUCACCUAUUAACAAUCCAUUUUUACGCACUCCUUUGUAACAUUGCUGCUAAAACCACUUAACUUCAUUCCGACAUCAUUCUAACAUUCAUUAAUUUUGCAGUAUUUCUGUAAAUAGUCUUUAAAUUUCUUCCAAUCUUCUUCCACCGACUCUUCUCCCUGGUCUCGGAUUCUGCCAGUCAUUUCCGCCAGUUCCAUGUAGUCCAUCACCUUCAUCUGCCAUUCUUCCAGAGUGGGUAGAUCUUGUGUCUUCCAGUACUUUGCAAUAAGUAUUCUUGCUGCUGAUGUAGCAUACAUAAAGAAAGUUCUAUCCUUCUUUGGCACCAAUUGGCCAACCAUGCCCAGGAGAAAGGCCUCUGGUUUCUUAAGAAAGGUAUAUUUAAAUACCUUUUUCAUUUCAUUAUAGAUCAUCUCCCAGAAAGCCUUAAUCCUUGGGCACGUCCACCAAAGGUGAAAGAAUGUACCUUCAGUUUCUUUACAUUUCCAACAUUUAUUAUCGGGCAAAUGAUAGAUUUUUGCAAGCUUGACUGGGGUCAUGUACCACCUGUAUAUCAUUUUCAUAAUAUUCUCUCUUAAGGCAUUACAUGCCGUAAACUUCAUACCUGUGGUCCAUAACUGUUCCCAGUCAGCCAUCAUUAUGUUAUGUCCAACAUCUUGUGCCCAUUUAAUCAUAGCAGAUUUCACCGUUUCAUCCUGAGUAUUCCAUUUCAACAGCAAGUUAUACAUCUUUGACAAAAUCUUGGUUUUGGGUUCUAACAGUUCUGUUUCCAAUUUUGAUUUUUCCACCUGGAAGCCAAUUUUCUUGUCCAAAUUAUAUGCCUCCAUUAUCUGAUAAUAAUGAAGCCAAUCUCGCACUUUAUUUUUUAGUUUUUCAAAACUCUGCAAUUUCAAUCUGUCUCCCUCUUGUUCCAAAAUUUCCCAAUAUUUCGGCCAUUUGGCCUCCAUAUUGAGCUUUUUCUGAGCCUUCGCUUCCAUCAGUGACAACCACCUUGGGGUUUUAUUUUCAAGUAGAUCCUUGUAUCUUAUCCAGACAUUAAACAAUGCUUUCCUGACAAUAUGAUUUUUAAAUGCUUUAUGUGCUUUGACCUUAUCAUACCAUAAAUAUGCAUGCCAUCCAAAUACAUUAUUAAAGCCUUCUAAAUCCAAAAUGUCUGUGUUUUCAAGAAGCAGCCAUUCUUUCAGCCAGCAAAAAGCUGCUGAUUCAUAAUAGAGUUUAAGGUCUGGCAGGGCAAAUCCGCCUCUUUCCUUUGCAUCCGUUAGUAUUUUAAAUUUUAUUCUAGGCUUCUUGCAAGAAGCAAGAAGGCAUGUUGGUAUGUUGUAAGGAUAUAUACACCCUUUGGUUGAGAACAAAACCAACCAAAAGUUUAUUUGGAAUUAUAAUUGCCUUUUUCUUUUCUUUUCUUUUCUACUUCUUUGCAAUAUUCUUCACACAUGUAAUAGAAGGUAUUCCAGAUUAGUCCAAUGUGAGUUUUCCAAGCUGGGACAAGUCAAUUCAGUGAUUUGACUGAAAGCAGUGUAAGAUACCUGCUUGCUUGCUGUGAAAUCUGCCAUUUUGCAUUUUUGGGAGCUCACAAGGUUUGUGGAUUCUGAUGAAUUUAUCACAUCUUUGUUUGCAUUGAUGUAUAAGCUAGUUUCAGUGGAGGAACAAAAUGUUCCCAUGCAAGGAUGGGUAAGAGAAACAGGUUCGGGAAUUGGAAGAACAGGAUAUAUGCCGUUGGCUAAUAACAGCUUGACAGUUGGGAAAGUGUUAUGGAGAUCACUUCAGGUGGCAGAUUUAUAUGUGGGAUUUGUUCUCCUGCUUCCAGGCUAACAUGCAGUGAUAUGAAAGCUGUAAAUGUUUUUGUGAAAGCAUUUAGCUCAAGAAGUAAAUUCUGAUACUUCCACACAGCACUUGCUAAAAAAGAGCCUUUAGUAAGCCCUUAUUUUGAAGAUAGCUAAAACUCUGCCGUUCAUCAUUUUUAUAUCUCUUAAUGUAAUUAGUUCAACUUCCUGACUUCUUUGAUAAGGCGGUUGUGACAGAAGGCGCCCUGCCCACACCUGGCAGAAUGGUUCUUGGGCAGCCUUGGAGAUGAAUGAUGUCGCUUCCAAGCUUCUGCUGUCAGUGCUGGAGACUCCUUGCUUUGAGUUGCUGCUUGCAGCCCAAAUAAUUUAAUCCCUGCAUUAGCAACAUCAUUCCCAGAAAUCCAUGUAACAAACACAUCAAAACUUAUUUUAGGAAGAGGCAAACUCUUGUUUUGGCUUCAGCAACCUGCCUCUGUGGGCUGACAGUUUGGCUUCAGAAGACACGGAACAUCUCCCCAAAGAAGCCAGAGGUGAUCUGCAUCAGAAUAUUUCUGCUGCAUUCCUAGCUGGCCCUUAGAUCCGAUUCAGUUCUUGACCUGAGCCCGGCUCAUGGAUGCCAGAAGCAGCACACAGCCGCCCAGUUGGAUGCAGAGCCUGUCUCCCCAAAUUGCCUUGCUUGUGAUUCGUUCUCGGGUUCCAAGCUGUUUGGUGAGCCCCCACAGUGCAGUUUGGCGUGCGGUGAAUAGAUGACAUGGUUGCUUAGCUAUGCAUCCAGCUUGUGGCCCAGCGGCUGCAUUUUAGCAUGUUUGGGCUGUUGCAAGCUAGAUUAGCAAUUGCACAACCUCUUUAUUUAUUUACAGUACUAAAGUCUGUUCAUAUCAGCAUUUCUCCAUGUCAGAAUAACUACAUGAAUUUAAGGCAAGGUGUAUUUUUAAUAAGCUCAUUUCCUUCAAAACCUACUUCGUUGUCGCACACAAUAUUUGCUUUUCAUUGCUGCUACAAGAAAAAGGUUUAACAAGUGUUAAGAAAUUGCAUAAUAAUACCCAGGGCUCCUUUAUAACCAUGUGAACAAAGUGUUCAAUUUGGGGCCUGCUGGCUGAGAGGUUAAACCGUGUAAUCUUGGCACAAAAACAGUAGUCAAAGACUGGGCUAAACUGAUAUUACCUUAGUGAUAUUUGGUUUUAACCAGAUGGAAUGUUAAGCAUUAACACAUGAAAGGAUUACGUUGAUGUUGGAAAUGCAGCUGAUGACAGUUGCGUACAAAAGAGGCAAUUCACUAAAUUCUUUGUACUGCUGUGCCUAUUUUUGUAAAAGAGAGUCAAUCCGGCAUAAAUGGCAGGUUAUAGCCCCCACCCCAAUGCAUGGGCCUGUUCUAAUCACCUGAACUCUUGUAGCCUUUCUGUAUUAUAAGCUAACAAAACUUUGGGACAAGUAAGUAGAGCGAAACUCUGAAGUGGGAAGACUCCAGGUGAUGGAGAGGACUGCAUGUGUGGGAUCCCUGCUCUCCUCAGUGGGAGACUAUUGCUGCUGCUGCUACUACUGCUAAAAAUACAGUUUUUAUUUAUUUUCAUGGUACAGAAGAUAAAUUUUGAGAAAACAAUUGUUACAACAGUAAACAACAAAUUACCGGUACUUGUCCUGAUGAAAUUACAGACUUCUGUCAUGCCAUGUGUUAAAGUUUCAUUUGAUUACUCUAAGAGAUCAUGCCACAUUUUCCCAUAAGUGCUGGGUGGAUUCCUGCCACUGCCUGAAUAAUUUAUGUAUUCAAUAAACAUUUGCCAUAUAAGAGGAAUAUGGAUCGUGUUUGCCCUUUGCUGCUCUCACCCGGCAUGUUAGUUUCUCAGCCAGUGCUAUUGACUGUACUCUUGUUAUACCAACACCAGUUUUCCAACAUCUGGCUGUCUCUGUAUGAGCAGCAGUCAUUAGAAAGGCUAAGAGGUCAUCUUUAGGAUAAUCAGGAGCAGGCAGGAUCCUAAGCCCUAGUGCUAGUGCAGGGGACAUUUCUAUGGUUUUCUUGUAUAUUCAGCUUAUUUCUUUGAAGGGUUUGAUGAUGUCUCAACACCACCACAUAUGGAAAUAUGUACCUUUGACUGCACAUCCCCUCCAACAAUUGGGAUUGACUUCCUUGCAUAUUCGGGACAGUCUCACCGGUGUAUAAUGCCACUAUGCAGAAGUUUUAAUGAGGCUUCCCUUAUUUUUGCAGAAACUAUUUGCACAUCUAGGUCCAUUUCCCAUGGCAUUUUUGUGAACAAUAUUGCCAAAUUCCAGUGUUAUUAGAGCUUUGUAAAUUGAGGAAGCUAUGAGUGGAGAGAAGUUAAAAAAGAUGUGCUCCAUUGCUGUUAGUUUCCUGUUUGCUUGAGUGGAAAUGUCUGGGUUUAACGGGAAUCUUCACAGCUGGUUGAAAUGGUACCAUGACCAUUUAAGGUUUCGUAUGGCAGCUAUGAAUUGUUCCUUUCAUAGUGGGAUACUGUUUGCAUAAAAAUCUUUUAAUCUGUAAAGGCCCACCUGUUCCCAACCAUUCCAAUCUAAGUAUUGUCCUGUUUCUUUAAAAGAUGGGUGAAAGCAAAGAGGGAUAAGGGGAGAUAGUGGGGGAGCCAGUUUUUUAAAUGUUGCUUUCCACACAUGAGGUGCAGAGGACAGGGUACGCAAUCGUAUGGGUUUUAGUGAGUGAGGAGAGUAGAAAGGGAUAGGCUCUAUAUACUGGAUCUGAAAUGUCUAUAUUUAUACACUGUUUACUUUUUUGCCCGUGGUUCAGUGACAUCAAAUGCUUUAGCUGGAAGGCAUUGUAAUAAGUUUGAAUAUGUGGGAUUCUGAGCCCACCAUUUUGGACCCUUCUAUAUAUAAUUCUGGAGCCUAGUCGUGCUUUCCCCCCAUCUUGAAUAAACUUGUUUAUUGAGCACUGCCAAAUUUUAAAUUGUUUGGGUGUAAUCAUAAUCAGCAGCACUUGAAAGAAAAACGAAUUUUUCAGCAGGAUAGCCAUCUUUACUGCAGCUAUGCUUCCCGACCAUGAUAAACGUAGGUCUUUCCAGUAUUCAAGACUUUCUCAUACUUGUAGGAAUACUGGUGUGAAGUUUGCUUUCCUUAGAGCUGAUUUUUAGUUAUCUGCAUUCCCAAAUAUUUUAUUACCGUGUGGCAGGUUUUAAAACCUGUCUGAUUUUGAAUGGUGAAGGAAUGCCUAUAUACAUAAGUUCUGAUUUGGAUUUGUUGAUUUUUAAUCCAGCCACUUCACCAUAAUUGCCUAGUUCUUUCAUUAAUACAGGCAUUGCAUCUUUUGGGUUAGAAAACAUUAUUUUUGCUAUAUCAUCUGCAAAAAGGCUUAUUUUAUGCACUAAUUUUUUAAUUUCUACUCCUUUUAUCUCCAAAUUGUUUCUAAUGGAGAGGUCCAGUGGUUCAAUUGAGAGGGCAAACAAGAGGGGUGACAGAGGGCAUCCCUGCCACACCCCUCUUGCAGUGGAGAAGGCUUCAGAGUCUAUACCAGUUACCCUAACCUGAGCGUAUGAGUUUUUGUAUAGUCUCAUGACAGAAUUCAUAAAAUAUAGCCCCAUAUUCAUUUUUGGCAACAACCCUUCUAGGAAUUGCCAGUUGACUCAAUCAGAGGAUUUAUAUGCAUCUAUUGAUAUGACUGCUAGUGGUAAAUUUUUGCUUUUGCUUGGAUGGAUAACAUUUUUUUUUUUUUAAAUAUUUUAUUAAGGAUUUUCUUGUUUUACAGAAGUGUAGUGCCUCGUUUUUUUUUUCCCCCCAUGUAACAUUUUUACAAAUCCGUUUCAUUUGUUGAGGCAUUAGGGGGAGAAAAAAAAAAGAAAAAAGAAAAGGGGGGGUGGAGAGAGGGAAGAUGGAUGGGGGUGGGGUCGGGUGGCGGUGUUUCUAUUAUGUUUAAUUGUAGACGGAAAAUUGGGUCACAGAUCUGUCUCUGGGGUAUGGACCCAGCUUGAUCUAUGAUGAAAUAAACGUGUUGAGGCUUGCAGUAAAGAUUUUAGCAUCUUGAUUUUUCCCUGGCUUAGGUAUAAUCUAGGGCUGGCAUAUGUCCUGAAUUUCCUGGACAUAGCCAGGAUUUGGCCCCUGGAAGCAGCAUCCGGGUGGAAAACGCUGAAACGUCCAGGGAGGAAAAAACUCAACAACUUUGGCAAAACAAAUAAAUAAAUAAAUAAUGCCCCAAAACUUUGCCAAAAAUACGAAAUAUGGCAACCCUAUAUAACUAUUAUUUUAGAGUGUUUCCAGGAGGUUGGUACUUGACCACCUGAAAGAAUAUCAUUAAACAGAGAGGUUAAUCUUGGGAUCAGAAUCUCACUGAAUCACUUAUAGAAGUUUGCAGUGUAACUGUCUUAACUUUAUACCCCUUCAGUUUUUUGAUUACUGUGGCUACCUCAUCUAUAGGCUGGUUUAAAUAGUCCCCGUGGGUGUCAUUUACUUUAGGUAAUGCAAUUCUUUCCAAAUACAGUGGUACCUUGGUUCUCAAACGGCUUUGUACUCAAACAACUUAGAACCCAAACACUGCCAACCCAGAAGUGUUCUGAACCUUUUUUCGGAAGCCGAACAUGCUCCGUUUUGAGUGUUACACUUCCGAUUUGAGUGCCACACUUCUGUUUUGAGUGUUACACUGAGGUCCGUCUGUUUUUGCUAUUUAUUUUGAGUUUUUCUUUUUGUGCCUUUUUUGUUUUGUUUUUGUGACUGUGUGGAACCCAGUUCAGUUACUGAUUGAUUGUUUGACUGCAGUACAUUGUUUAUUGCUUUCAUUUUAUGGAUCAAUGGUCUCGUUAGAUAGUAAAAUUCAUGUUAAAUUGCUGUUUUAGGGGUUGUUUUUAAAAGUCUGGAACGGAUUAAUCCAUUUUGCAUUACUUUCUAUGGGAAAGCACGCCUUGGUUUUAGAAUGGUUUGGUUUUGGAAUGGACUUCUGGAACGGAUUAAGUUUGAGAACCAAGGUACCACUGUAUUCUGUAACUGUUGGGAAGGAGGUGAUAGGAUCAGCAUAAAGGGAGGCAUAAAAAAUUCUAAACAUAAUUUACUUACUGUUAUCAUCAUAUUUAAGGGUACCUGCCUCAUCCCUUAGCUGGUUUACUCUCUUAAUGUUCAUUCUUUUCUGAAUACGGUUAGCAAGCAUCUUAGACUUCUUAUCACCAUGUUUAUAAUAUUUUUGGUUGAGGAAAAGCAAAUUUGUAGAGAUUUUUUUAUGUUUCCAAGGCUGUGACUUCUGCUCUCCUAGCAUUCAAGAUACUUAAAGUCUUCUUCCUGCCACCUCUUAUGUGCUUUAGUUCAAGCUGCCUUAUUUCCAGUAGGAGGUGAUCUGAUUCUUUGGCAGCCUUUCUUUUGAUUGCUGUCGCUUCACUAAUGCAGGUCCCCUGAUGAUGCCUUCAUAGCUUCCCAGACUGUUGCAAGAGGCAUUCUCUCUGUGGUGUUAAUAUCCAAGUAGUUAUUUAUUUCUGAAAAGAGGUGGUCUGUUGCCAGCUUAUUCGGUAGGAGAAUUGCAGGGAAUUUCCAGCUAGAUGAUGACUUGGGUUUUUCUUGGAGACGUAAGGUGGCCCCCACUGGAGUGUGGUCAGAAACAGUGCGACAACCAAUCUUUGAUUCAACAAUUAUUUGAAAGUCUGAUGUUGAAAUCAUGACAAAAUUGAAAUAGGAGUAUGAUGAGUAACAACUUGAAAAAAUGAAAAGUCUUUAGUAGUUGGCUGGAGCUCUCUCCAUAUGUCUGCCAGGUUGUGUUUGCGAAGUAUGUCUUCCAAAGCUGAGGGUGUUUUACGUGACUUGGUUACAGUGGGACCGGUUCUGUCCAGUUGGGGAUCUCAUACAAGAUUUAAUUCCCCUCCUAAUAGCUCCAUGCCUUCCUGGAAUCCAGAUAGUUCUUGCAGAGUGAGUCAGAGAAAUUGUAACUGUCCUUUGUUCGGAGAGCAAAGUGAGUCUAUAGUUGGUGUGAUGCCUUUCCUUGGGCCUUUGACAUAGUGGCCUCUCUUGUCCGUCAAAGUUCCCUUGAGGGUAAAAAUCAGACUGUUGGAAAUCAGCACCGCUACACCUCUUGCUUUUGAUGUGCCAGGAGAUGAGAUUUGGACAUCAAAGCCUUUGAGACAAUGAAUUCUAUCCAUUUGCUUCUUACAGUGCGUUUCCUGUAGGCGUAUUAUUUUAGGAUUUCCCAUUUGAGCAGUAGCUCGACUCUUUGUUGUUCCACUGGUGAGUUGAGACCAUUGACAUUUAUGGUGAGUAUUUUUCAACAACAACAACAACAACAACAACAAUAAUAAUUUAUUAUUUAUAUCCCGCCCAUCUGGGCGGCUUCCAACACAAUAUUAAAAUGCAGUAAUUAAAAUACAGUAAUGCAUCAAACAUUAAAAGCUUCCCUAAACAGGGCUGCCUUCAGAUGUCGUUUCUAGUUUCCAUUGGCCAGAUUAUUAUUAUUAUUUAAAUUUGUUAGUCAUUUUAUUUUGCCAAGGGUAACCUUACAACCAACCAGACAGAUGGAUUCUUCCACAUAGAUACAUUAAAAUAAAGAGGGGGGCAACACAUUAAAAACAUUCUGUCCCCUUUCAAAAGGCCACAUACAGUGGUGCCUCGCAAGAUGAAAUUAAUCCGUUCCGCAAGUCUCUUCGUCUUGCGGUUUUUUCGUCUUGCGAAGCACGGCUAUUAGCGGCUUAGCGGCUAUUAGCGGCUUAGCGGCUAUUAACGGCUUAGCGGCUUUAAGAAAAAGGAAACAAACUCGCAAGAACUCGCAAGAUGUUUCGUCUUGCGAAGCAAGCCCAUAGGGAAAUUCGUCUUACGGAACGACUCAAAAAACGGAAAACUCUUUCGUCUAGCGAGUUUUUCGUCUUGCGAGGCAUUCGUCUUGCGGGGCACCACUGUAUAGUUAAAGUUUUAGCCCAGCACCUGAAGAUAUGUAGUGAAGGCACCAGGCAAGCCUCCCUGAGGAAAUUUUACUGCUGUUGAGAUCACUCCGGGUCUGAGGCUUUUCACUGGGGGGAAGUGGUGGUUCUUUUGUGUCUAAGGAACCCCCACCCUUUCAUAGUAAAAUACGAAAGGGGAUAGGAGAUUUCUUUUUCUGAUGCCACCGCUGCUUCUCGAGGCUCAAGAUUGCCUCUUGAGCUUUCCCGGGGUUGCAUAGCCCUUGCGUAGCCCCCAAAAGACCCCCUUCAGUGACUGCUCCGUCUCUGAGUAGCUCAGGUGCGCACCCGCUUUGAUCCGCGGUAAAACAGGAAGUCGGCAGUCCCACCCCAGCCUGUGCCAUGCUGCCAUUUUCCAGCACUACCCUCCUUCUGUUGCUUGGUUCCUCAAACAUCAGAGGCUGCGAACACAACCAUGAACCACAGAACCUGGACACAGAGUUUGCCCUCGCUCUCUACCAAUGCUGGGCAGAGCUCCACCACGGAACGAACCUCACUGUUUCCCCAGUGAGCAUGUCUCUUUCUUUGGGGCUCAAGGGAGCGCAUUGGCCCAGCGGCAGCAUGCUCUGGGAACAGCACUCAUGGUGAGGCAUCCCUUUGAGAAGCAGCUUUUCGGUCAUGAACUUCACCUUACAGCUUGGACUGUCAAGGCAGUGGAUGGUAUAGGCUAGGUCAAUACUGACCACUGUCUCUCUUCAGCCACACGUGAAGGGUUUGGGUCAUGGCAGGCUCCGGAGAGUGGGGACGAGGGAAGAAGCGUUGGGGGACCAAGGGGCAGAGAGAGCCAAGCCCAAUUCCUCCCAGAGCUGGCCCCGCCUGACCACGUAAGCGUGUUGCAACGGAGGAGGCGGGCCCAGUGGGGAGGCAGCUCCAUUUUAUUUCAGACAUCGUGAUAUACUGCAAUGUUUAGUGGGUGUUAUAUUGUGAUGUUGAAAGCCAGAUACCAUCCAGCCCUAGUCAUGGGUGGAGUGCAGGGCUUGCUGUUACUGCAGCGUACAUUGAGGCUCUGACUCAGUAGAGAAGCACACGGUGUGCAUGUAAAAGGUCCCAGGUUCAGUCUCAUGAGCUACAUGGAGACCUCUUAGCAGAGCUGGUCAGAAGAGGAGAAGGAACAGGACACGACUGUGGAAUUGGAUCCUGGGAAGGGGCCCAUUGGCUUGGGAGGUGCUGAUCUUGACACUGGGGAGGGACCAGGUUGGUUGUCAAAUGGAGGUCUCAUCCCCAGUACAAUUGGACAUCCCAAGAGCUGAGGAGGAGCCCCUGGUUUGACUUCAGCCCUGUUUCCCAUUGCCUCUGGAUUGGCAGCUGAGGCCGGAACAGACAGCGAAUUAGCUGUGAGACUCUGUCUCCAUAUCCAAGGAUGUGGUGCUAGCUGUGCCAGCACAAGCUGUUCCAGCCUACUCUCCAGAAAGCCUGCUUGCUUGCCCCAGUGGGCUCUUCAAAAGGGGAGCUGCAGGGGCAUGCGAAGCGUUGGGACAAUGUCUUAGUUAUGCCUAGCCAUGAACAUUAGGACUGAUAUAACUGCUGACUUGCACGCCUUGUAACCUGAUCUUUGUUUAGCCAUUGCAUUUGGCGAAAAGGGAGCCAAGAGUACUGUGUCUUCAAGUGGGAGCCAGAACAAUGCCCUGCUCGUGAUCUUCCAGGGGCCAGUGUUAGACACAGAAUCCUGGACAAAAUAGACUUUGUUUCUGACCCAGCUAAGGGAUUCUUAAGUUCUGAUUACAGUGUACCAUGAUGCUAUAAUUUAGACUGGUAGUGUUUUUACUAUUGUCUCCAAAGGCAGUUUGCAACAAACAUGUUUUGCUAUGUGCGCCUUACAGGUGCAAUGAACAGAGGACUGGGAUAAGCUGUGGCUCCUUGCUAUGUAGACAUGCGGGGUCGAAGCACACAUGACAUUGCAUGCUGUGUGAAGCAGCUGUCCCUUGUACCUCAUUCUCAGGCAUCAGUCCUCUUCCAAGUUGGCCUAGGAAACAGAUGGUAUAUACUGCAGGUAUUCAGCUGUCCAUUCAGAAUCCAUUUAUCCAUUCUUCCUGAGACCUAUUUUUAACUUUUGUCAAUUCUGUUGUUGCUGCGACAAGUUUGUGUAGCAGAGUUGAUUGGCUAUAAUAAAGAUAAAGUAAAUUAGCAGAAAGCAAACUUAAACUGUUGAUAUACACUACAAUUUCUUAUUCCAAGCAUGCACAUUUCCUAAUAGCAUGUACUAAUUGGUUGACAGAGUCAUCAGAACAUGCUGAUUUGCCCCUAAAUGUAACUUUUAUGUUAUUCAGAAGAGUUUAGCAUACAUGUGCAUGCCUGCACAUGCAUUAUGUAUAUGUUAAGGUGCAUAACAACCAGCUGUUGAGCACAUUCUGCAGGUCUCACAGAUAAUGUAUUUUUCAGAAAUAUAAUGCAUCUAGUGUUUUAAAAAUACAACAAAUUCUAGUGUACUAGAAACUCAUAUUGGUAUUUUGGGAUACGUCAACAUUCCCCAGACCCCGUAGAGACGUUUCCAUGAGGGGUUCCUGAAGUGGCGUUGGGGCAGACAUGUGGGUCUUUCACAUGGAAUCAAUACAUCUGGCAGGAGGCAGACUUAGCGCAUGUGAUCCACACAAUCACCCUGUGUGAUGGGGUCAUUUAAAUUUUAUCCCAGCGAUGUGGGAGCUUGUUCACAGAGAAGAGGCUUCCGUGAAUUUGGAUGCAGGUGUAAAGAGCCCCGUGCUCAUGAUUUAUGUCCGACUGCAUUUGGCUGGUAUUUGGAUCUUGAAUAAGGAAACUAUAUUUAAAUUUCAAAAUGUGGACUUCUGCCUAUCUCUUUGUACCCAUACAAAGUCUCCAAAUGAGGCUACUUGCAAUCCACAUGCUAUUUUAAGUCGACACCAAGGCCCCAGAGAUCAUGGGAUCAUAGAGUUGGAAGGGACCCUGAGGAUCAUCUAGUUCAACCCCCUGCAAUCCAGGAAUAUUCACCUGUCCCUCAUAGGGAAUGAACUGCAACCAUGGUGUUAUCAUCGCAUAGCAUACCAUGGGCCGAAUCAUAGAAUUGGAGGGUGCCUUGUUAAGCUGUUCUGUUGACUCCCAUGCUCAGUGUGGGAAAACCAAACGCAAAGUAUCCCCAACAGAUGGCCGUCCAGGCUCUGCUUGAGGAGCAGACAUAAAUAUUGGAGAACGGAACAAAACUGCAGAGUGUGAGUAAUUAAGGAGUAAUUCAACUCUCUGAAUUAACCUGGAAGGAGGAAGGCAUUUUCUUUGUAAUAUUUCUUUUUAAAUUUUCAUUUUAUAAUGUUAUAUAAAACAGAGAGAACAAGUGUAACAGAUGAAAAUCAAAAUGUAAAAACAAAGUAAAAUAGGCACCAAGGAUGAGUGCAGUUGCACAUGCAAUAAAAUAACAAAGUUCAAGUAAAAAAUAUUAACAUUAUCAUCAGAUUAUCAAGCCAAGGUAAAUAUUUGGAAUGCUCUCAGUCUGUCAGUUUUGCCAGCCAAACUUUGAACAGGAGCUUUCAAACUGUGUGUGUUUGUGUUUGGAUGUUCUCUCUCUUUUCUUACACACACACACACAGACACACACACACACACACACACACACACAGUCUACAUGUACCGUAUUUUUUGCACCAUAACACUCACUUUUUUCCUCCUAGAAAGUAAGGGGAAAUGUCUGUGCGUGUUAUGGAGCGAAUGCCUGCGGGGGGGGGGGGAUCUGCUGCAGUCGUGAGCAGAGGAUCCAUGGUUCCCCUUCCUUCCCUCUUCCGUGGUUACAAAGCAUGGAUCCACAUGGAUCCUCAGGAUUUUUGCAUUGGGCUACUCCAAACUCACUGUCAGAUCACAUGUCUGUGGCCAUAGCAUGAACCACAAAAAUCAUAUAUCCACUAUUUCGUUUAGAAUUUUUUUUCUUCUUGUUUUCCUCCUCUAAAAACUGCGUGUGUGUUAUGGUCUGGUGCGUGUUAUAGAGCGAAAAAUACGGUAUAUUUUGUGUGUCUAUUGACAUCAAGCUAAAAGCAUUUUUGAUUAGAGUGGCCUACCCAGAUAUGUAGAAUGUUGAGGGGGGUGUGUGUGUGCUUAAUAUAUUUUACUGAUUUUUCAAAAUAACAUGUAAUAACAAUCCUCCCAACCAACAUCGCCCACUUCACACACCCCACCCUCCAAAUACAGGUUCCUCAUGGGAAAACAUUGUUCCAAAGUGUCAGGUGUGAGUCUGGUGGAGCUCAUUCUGAGUGACAGUCAGUUGUGUGUGUAAUAAAAGAAUGCCGCUAUAAAGUUAUCCUCUUCCAGCUAAUGCCUUGAUGUCCUUAGUUAAUUUUUUGAAAGUGCCAGUAUCCCUACUUUCUUUUUCCACUGUGAUGAUAAUAAUUAAAGGUAAAGGACCCCUGACAGUUGAGUUCAGUCGCGAACGACUCUGGGGUUAUGGCGCUCAUCUCGCUUUACUGGCCAGGGGGGGCCGACGUUUGUCCACUCCGCAGACAGUUUUUCUGGGUCAUGUGGCCAGCAUGACUAAUCCGCUUCUGGUGAAACCAGAGCAGCGCAUGGAAAUGCCGUUUACCUUCCCACCGGAGUGGUACCUAUUUAUCUACUUGCGCUUUGAGGUGCUUUUGAACUGCUAGGUUGGCAGGAGCAGGGACUGAGCAACAGGAGCUCACCCGAUCGUGGGGAUUCAAACCGCUGACCUUCCGUUUGGCAAGCCCAAGGCUCAGGGGUUUACACCACAGCGCCACCCGCAUCCCACGAUGAUAAUAAUAAUGAUUAUUAAAUCUGUAUACCACCCUUCAUCCGUAGAUCUCGGAGCAGAUCACAGCAUAAAAAUACAAGAUAAUAACACAAAAUGCAUAAUAAAAACAAGUACAAAACAAACCUAUAACCCCUCACCUCACCCCACUCCCACUAACACAUUUGAAGGAGUAUAGGAUGUUAAUCAGCCAAAGGCCUAGUUAAAGAGGAAUGUUUUUGCCUGGCUCCUAAAGGUGGAUAAUGAAGGCGCCAGCUGACUCUCCCUGGGGACUUCCUAUUUUGAGCUAUGUAGUAUUCUAAUGGCAAUGUAAAGGAAGGUGAUUAGUGCUUUGUAUGUCAAAUUAACACUAUCACCUUAAAAACUGUUAGCAGAACCAAGGUUGGGGUGUAAGUAAUGUUAUGGUUUGUAAUCAAACUUCUGUCACUAACAACAGUCUUCCAGAAUGCUUGCAGUUUAUAACAAUCCCACCACAUGUGAAUAGUUCUGAUAUCUUUACACCCUCUAAUGAAGGCGUUUUCUGAACCACCCCAGUGCCAGUGAUAAGUCCAUAAUAAUAAAGAUUGAGUUGAGGCUGAAGGUUCCUCUUCUUGGGUGGAAGGACACUUUCAUGUUAAGCUUGUGGUCCACCAAGACCCCCAGAUCCUUUCCACAUGUACUUCUAGUAAGCCAGGUGUUCCCCAUCCUCUAUUUGUGCACCUGGUUCUUCCUGCCUAAGUGCAGAACCUGGCAUUUGUCCCUAUUGAAAUUCACUUUGUUAGCUUGCGCCAGGUUCUCUGAUCUGUUAAGGUCAUUUUGAAUUCUGAUUCUGUCUUCUACUGAAUUAGCUCCCCCUCCCAGUUUGGUGUCACCUGCAAAUUGGAUGAGCAUCCCCUCAAUUCCUUCAUCCAAGUCGUUUAUAAAGACGUUGAACAACAGGCCCAGGAUGGAGCCCUGAGGCAGACCACUGGUCACUUUUUUCCAGUCAACCUGCUACAAAUCCACCUGUUGCUUCAUUCAACCCACAUUUUACCAGCUUCCUCGUGAGAAUAUCAUGGGAAUAUUUUUGUCAAUAGCCUUGCUGAAAUCAAGAUGUCCCUCAUUCCCCUGAUCCAACAAGUUUGUAAUUCCAUCAAAAAAAGAAAUUAUAUUGCUGGCAUUACUUAUUUUUUAGAAACCCAUGCUGGGUCUUAGUGAUCACAGCAUCCUUUUCUAAAUACUCACAGACAGUUGAAUUAUCUGUUCUGAAGUGAAAUGCUAUUCUUUCUUUGCAUAUAACAUUUAUAUCUUGGGGAGUGGGGGUUGUAUAUGAUGAAGGCAUGUUCCUGGGCUCUCCUCAGCACAAACAUAUAAAUAUAAUAAUAAAAAAAACUGUGAGAAUGAUCAGGUACGUGUUGUUGUUUAGCCAUGUAUGCCUCUUCGUGACCCAAUGGACCAGAGCACACCAGGCACUCCUGUCUUCCACUGCCUCCCGCAGUUUGGUCAAACUCAUGUUGUUAGCUUUGAGAACACUGUCCCACCAUCUCAUCCUCUGUCGUCCCCUUCUCCUUGUGCCCUCCAUCUUUCCCAACAUCAGGGUCCUUUCCAGGGAGUCUUCUCUUCUCAUGAGGUGGCCAAAGUAUUGGAGCCUCAGCUUCACGAUCUGUCCUUCCAGUGAGCACUCAGGGCUGAUUUCCUUAAGAAUGGAUAGGUUUGAUCUUCUUGCAGUCCAUGGGACUCUCAAGAGUCUCCUCCAGCACCAUAAUUCAAAAGCAUCAAUUCUUUGGCGAUCAGCCUUCUUUAUGGUCCAGCUCUCACUUCCAUACAUCACUACUGGGAAAACCAUAGCUUUAACUAUACGGACCUUCGUUGACAAGGUGAUGUCUCUGCUUUUUAAGAUGCUGUCUAGGUUUGUCAUUGCUUUUCUCCCAAGAAGCAGGUGUCUUUUAAUUUUGUGGCUGCUGUCACCAUCUGCAGUGAUCAUGGAGCCCAAGAAAGUAAAAUCUCUCACUGCCUCCAUUUCUUCCCCUUCUAUUUGCCAGGAGGUGAUGGGACCAGUGGCCAUGAUCUUCGUUUUUUUGAUGUUAAGCUUGAGACCACAUUUUGCAGUCUCCUCUUUCACCCUCAAUAAAAGGUUCUUUAAUUCCUCCUCACUUUUCUGCCAUCUGUGUUGUGUCACCUGCAUAUCUGAGGUUGUUGAUAUUUCUUCUGGCAAUCUUAAUUCUGGCUUGGGAUUCAUCCAGCCCAGCCUUUUGCAUGUUGAAUUCUGCAUAUAAGUUAAAUAAGCAGGGAGACAAUAUACAGCCUUGUCGUACUCCUUUCCCAAUUUUGAACCAAUCCGUUGUUCCAUGUCCAGUUCUAACUGUAGCUUCUUGUCCCACAUAGAGAUUUCUCAGGAGACAGAUGAGGUGAUCUGGCACUCCCAUUUCUUUAAGAACUUGCCAUAGUUUGCUGUGGUCGACACAGUCAAAGGCUUUUGUGUAGUCAAUGAAGCAGAAGUAUCAGGUACAUACCAGAGAGUAAGUCCUAUUGAACUCAGUGGGACUUACUGCUGAGUAAAAGUGCUUAGGAUUGCAGUGUAAAACUGCUGCGGAGGCAGGAAGAAGAUUAACAAAAUCCAUCCUCCUAGCAAACUGGGGAAAUAUCUCCUCCCUCACACAGUUUGUGACAUCCUACACCUUUCCUCAGCAGUUUCUUUUUCUUUGAGAAAAAUAAGAAGCUCAUGUAAAUGUAAACUGAGCUUUAAUAAUAAAGAAAACUGGAACAAAAUAACAUAUUGGGAGAAACUAAAUACAACAACAUGAGGCAAGUUUUGAGGCAAGAAACAAGGUGGCAGUUGGUCCCUCUUAAGGGAUCACACCCUGAAGGGAGGGGCUGAUCCAGAGCAGAACCCCAAGAGACCCUCCAGAGGGUGGGUGGGAGAGAGAGAGGGGGGGGGGAACACACAGAAGCAAGCAAGACUCCAAAGUGCUUAUCUUGUGAACUUGCCAUUUAAAUUGUUUAAUCAUGUUGCAAAAAAGAGGACCGGGUGAGGAGAUCUGAUCUCUUCAUCACUUUUAAUGGAUCUCAGAGAUGUGAAGGAGAGGGUAAAGCAAAAGGAGAAAGGAUCUUUCUGGGGGCUAGGAUGCGAGGUCCCUUCCAACUCUGCAACGGAUUCUCUUCCUCCGCUUCCCGCCCCUCCAGAAUUUCUUUCUCACAGGGGAGCCAAUCUUCCGCUUCACUGCAGACAGCCUCUCCACAUUUUCCAGCUCUCCCUUUCCCUGCAUCACAUAAAUAAGGCACCUUCAGCUUCAUGGGGAAAGGGGACUGUAAGAGCUUGUGGCUGCUGUUCACUUUUUCAUAUUUCUCUCCAUUUGAAGCGCAGACAUGCAGGGAUCCUGGCUGCCCCCAGCUGCGGCUCUGAUUGAGUUCACGUAUAAAACCCACUGUAACACUGUCCUUUAUGCAGUCCUCUGUGUCUAGUUUAUCCUUCUCUUGUGCCCUCCUUUCUUUUGCCACUGCUCCCAGCUCUAAAGUUAACUUUCAGCCAACAGAAUGCUGUGAAGAGAAUAGAGUGGCCCCCAGAAAAUGCCCCCCCAAUUACCAAUAAAAGUUUCCUUCCAAAAAGUUAGUUAGUAAAUGGACAGAAAAGGCCCAAUGUAAACCAAUCCUAAAUGCAACAAUUAUAUCACCUUUCCGAAUGUGUAAAGUGGUUGUAUCUGGUUGCAUGGCUGACUGCAGAACAGAGGGAAAGGGGAGUCCCUGCGUGCAAGGCAGCCUGGCUCAGGUAUUGAGAUUCACUCCUCUUGUUUACAGGAAACACAAGCUCUACAGAGUUCAGCGUCCUAGGAAAAAAGCAGCCUUGUACCAGUUAUAACUUGUACAACAAGUAGUACCUAGUUAACAGUAACAAGCGUGGAAUAAUCAUUACAAACGCCAUGCUGAAAACUGAAGUUAUGUGUUCAUGCUCCUGUGGAAUUAAAAGUGUGCAUGGGGGCUUCAGUGUAUUUUGAGCAUGCCAAAUUGCAUUUUGUUCAGUAGGAUGUGUUGUCCUUGGGAGCCACAUCUGGAAUUAUAUGUUCACGUUACUCUGCACACUUUAAUUAAACUUGAGAAAAUCUGUGCAUGCCACAGAAAUUAGCAAAUACCAUGUAAGUAAUGAGAAGGGCCCGGAGGGCACGGCUUGACAGCCACAAAAUUCUUGCAGAGUUACAAGAAGUACAAGGGGUAUAUUUUCUUCCCACCAUCAUGCACUUAGUUUUAGGGAAAAUCUAGAAGCAUGAGUUCCUCUCUAGCUGAUUUUUAGGUACUUCAGAAUUUAUUACUCAUCUAAGAAAAUCAUUCUCUUACAUAACUUAGUAAGAGUUAGAUGCACAAAGCUACUGGUGUUCAAGUUCUGUAACUGUAACUUCUCAAGGCUUUGUAAAACCAAGUUAACCCUCAACAUAAUGUUUGAAAACGUGCCUUUUGCCCUCCAAGUCAGUCAACAGUGUGAGUCAUACUCUGAACUUUAUCAGGCAGUAAUCUUACACUUUUAAAAUUGCAAAUUCAUUACAGUCAUCUGUGCUUUAUGUGGAAUAACAGGCUCAACAGGGUUCUCUAGUCCAGGUUGUGGUUACUCAUUAAACAUGCAAAUCGAAAAAUAUUUCAUAACUCUAAAUGAAGCAACUGACAUUGUUUUUCGGGGGGGGUAGGUAUUUGAAAAUAUGAAUAUGAAUUUUCAUGCCCCUCUGUUUAUGUAUGUGUUCAUAUUGAAAUAGGAUUAACUUUGAAUCAGAGAAUUGGAAAAAGACCAAAAGGGUCAUCUAUUUCAACCCACUGCAAUGUGAUACAUUUCCCACUCCUGACCACUUGCUACUUGGAAAUCAGUGUGGAAGAAGGACUCUGUGGGUGAACUGAAAGAUUCUCAAUGGCUUAAGAUCUGGUCCACUCGUCUCUUUAGGUCUGUGUCUGCUAACAUUAGGGAUAAUUCUUUGAAGGGGUCCACCUCUGGUUUUUAGACUCCAGUCCAACUAGCUGAGGUCUACUUCCUCAUUAUGUUGGUGGGAUUGUAAGGUACUACUACUCAAUCCACCAGAACCUGUCUCUGCAUGCAGGGAAGGGUUUGAGACCCAUCAGCUCCCCUCACCUGGUCAGCCGGCAAGUCAAAGUCGUUUCCUGCAAUGUGGCCGCUGUCAUAUGCUGACAGCUUCUAGGAACCACAGGUGAGAACUGAGUGCAGCGUAGAGCCCAAAGGUGGACAGACUACUCCAGAAAGAGCACAAAAUCUCCCCCACCAUCGGUACUACCCUUCCCCCCACCCCAUACACCCCUUUUUAAGUAAAAUAAAUAAAUCAAAAGGCAGCAAGCAGCAAAUAUUUGAAUUCAUGAUCCUUCUAUCUCUGGUUUUAUUUCAUGUGGUGGUGGUAAUUUUAUUUUUUCUUCGAUUUAGUAGCAUAGGAAGGGAGGGUGGGGAGGCGGGGCACCCAGGACAGCCCUGGGGCUGCAGGGUGCCCAAACAGCUGCAUCCCUCCUGGGUGCCCUCCAGCAGGCCCAGUGCUGCCGUGAAACGCAGCUGGGGUGCUCUGUGGGCCGGCACACACCAGCUGCAUCCCUGCCGGGUGUCCCUUGCCCACUUGGGACCCCCUGCCUCCAUGGCACAAGCAGGGGAUGCUACACCAGUGCUCCUGCCUUCUUCCCACAAAGAGCCUCAGGAAAAGAGGGGAGAGAAGGCAGGCAGAGCCCAGGAGACAGGUGCCCUCAGGGAUUCAGUGUGCAGGUCACUCACUCUUCCUCACUGUUACUAGACAAACACAUUCAAUGGACAAUUUCCCAUGGAAAUGUAAAGCAUCAGAGAACCUUCCUGAUCAUGUUGUUUUUGGGAAAACUUCAUGCGGGCCGCCCUCUGUGCACAGCCACCCCUCCAACCCGGCUCCCCAGAGCAAACCACCUGGUCCGAAACUAGACCUCAGACUUAUCUUGGGCAGCCCUGCCUAGCCCAACGGCGAGAGGACCAGACAAGGGGCAUUCUCACUUCCCAUUCACUCAGGUGGCACACCCUGCCCACUUCUACCCCAUGGCACAGCACAUGCAAGCGCACCUCCAGCCCCCCAGGCGCAGGUGGGUGGGGCUAUGCCAGUGCUUCGAUUUGCAAAUGUUGGAAGAAUUACCCUGCCAGUGCAAACAGGGUGGAUUUGAUUUAAAUAACUAGUCAGUAAGACUUGAUUUUAAUCAUUUUUUUUUUUUUUUUACAAAAAGACUUGUUCUUGCUGGUAUAAGAUUUCAUUUUUUAAAUAAUAAAUUUUCAGAGUAGUUUAGAUACUCAUAUUUAUGGUAUGGGAAAGGGAAAACACAUAAAGGCUUUUCAAACCGUAUAAUAAGAAAGUCAUUAAUAAGAGUGUGGGGAAAAUAAAAAGAUCUGUUAGAGCGGAAAACACCAUGGUGGCUGUCACCCACUGAAGCAUUUUCACUUAAGUCGACCAAAAAAGUAAGCUGGUUGACAUAUAGAGAGUUGUUAACAGAAGAAGACGGUAAACUCAAACUAAAAGAGUAUGAUGAGCUGAAAGGCUGUCUACAAAGUUGGUUACACCAUAGGCAAUUAAAUGAAAUUUUUUAAGGAAGACAAUAAAAAGGGUUUAAGUUAUACAAUCUCCAGAUUUCAAAAAGAAAUAGUGAAAGAGAAUGUUAAAUUGUUAAAAUAAGCAUGUAGUAUUUUAUUAGAGUGCGAAACCAAAGAUGAAGAGGUAAAAUCAGUUAUGAUUAAAUGGGCUCAGGAUGUGAAACACAACAUCCAAUUUGAAAGUUGGGAAAAAUUAUGGAAAGUUGAUAUAAAAUUCACAGAUUGCAUACUAUUAAGAGAGAAUUACAUUAAAAUGAUGUAUAGAUGGUAUAUCACACCAGUGAAAAUGGCAAAGAUGUUUAGGAAAGAAAAUAACAGAUGUUGGAGAUGUAAGGAAAAGGAAGGAACAUUUUAUCAUAUGUGGUGGGAAUGCCGCCCAGAGUGGCUGGGGAAACUCAGCCAAAUGGGCGGGGUAUAGACUUCCGAGGGGCGGCGCGAACGGCAAUGGCGGUCCUCUUCUGAAAGGGAGAGGAGGCUCCGCAGAAAACGGGUCGUCCGCUACGGCGAGCGGAGACCCACUCCGGAAAACCCCAGGCAGCAAGAGCUUGGGGUCCUGAGGCUCGGUGGGCGCCUUAAGUGACCCUCCAAACGCAGAAGGAACCUCGUAAGGGGCUCCGGAGCGUGGAGGGGGGUUGCGGCGCUGAGAGCUGCUUCACAGUCUGCGGAGUGAAGCCGCGCUGCUGCUGCCGGUGAGCGCUGAUCCUUUUCCUGCUAAAACACGGAUUCGGACGAAAAGCAACUUACUCGUGAGUAAAGACUGAAUCACUUGAAAUCAGAGACUUUAUAUGAAAAACCUUAAAUUGGCUUGAACUUGGCUGAAAGCGGAGAGACGUGGAAACAGGAAGUCCGUCUUCCGCAGCCAUUGAACUUGAAAAAAGCAACUAAGUUGGAGGAGUGGAGGCUGAAAGGAAGAGAUUUUAAACUUUACAGAUCUAAGCAUCUACUGAACCUGCAAUUUAAAGUAAAGACUUUAAGCUAAAGACUUGGAAUUUUAACUUGCACUUGACUCCCCCCUUUUAUUGGAUUACAAAUUAGAAGGUGAAACCCAGAGUCAGGAGCUGCCUGAGCAUUGAGAAAUUGAGCUGUCAGUAUUGCAGAUUUGGAUACUGUAUAUUGGAACUUGCAACAAUCUGAGGGUAUUGAGACUUUUUAAAUUUGAAACAUUCUUUUUGGAGACAAAUAAGCACUGUCUGUAACAAAGUGACUACUUAUAAACUCUGCUAAAUAUUUAUAUUUGAAGGUUCUUGGACAUUAAAUUAGACUCUGAAAGACAUUUUAAGCUCCCUCUAGAGGACUGGAUGAAAACAGUGACUUUACAUUUACAUUUACUUUCGAUUCCCUUGUUGUUUGCUUGCUCUGGGCCUUUCUAUUCCCAUGGGAAAAACUCAGUGUGACCUUGACUGAUAGACAACGUUGGAAUGAGUGGCACAAGGAAAAGAGGGAGAGUUAGACAAACAACUUUAACAACUCUAACCUCAGCCUCGCAGACACGUAGAUCAUCUGUACCUACUUUGCCCUCAGAAGUAGAACUUGAAGAAGUUGCCUUGCCACAGGCAAAAGAGGGAGAGGGUGAAGCAGAGCAGUUACAAUUGGAAGAUAUGGCCUCAGGAGUAUCUGUUUCUGUUCUAGACAAAAUCUUUGAAAAAUUGGAAGCUUUGGACAAGAAAGUAGAUGCGCAAUCAGCAAAGAUUGACAAAAAUACAGAAUGUCUAAAUAAAUUAACCAUACAAGUUGUACAGAAUACACAAGCAAUUGGACAGUUAACGGAGGCCUCAGCAGAAAAUCGGAAAUUGGCUGAGGAUACUAGACAAAAAUUGGAAAAUUUAGAGCAAGAGGUAAGGCCACUCACCAAACAAGUUGGGGAACAUCAGACUUAUCUUUCCAUGAUAGAACUGCGAAAUCGUGAGAAUAAUUUGAGGAUUAGAUCAUUACAAGAGGCAGAAGAAGGAAAUUUAACUGAGUUUUUGACCAAAGAAUUUUCCAAGUUCUGGAAUUUGGAAGAAAAGGAUUUUAAAAUUGUGUCGGCUUUCAGACUUGGAAGAUUCACAAAGAAGGAGAGGCCCAGAGACUGUUUGAUUACAUUGAGAUCAAAGGAGGAAAGGGAUAAGAUUUUGGGCCUACAUUACGGAAAGUCACUGGAGGUUUUGGACAGAAGAAUUGAAAUUUAUAAAGAUAUUCCAAGACAACUGCUGGAUCUUAGAGCCGCCUAUUCUGAACUUGCUAAACUACUAAGGAGCAACGCAAUUCCAUUCAGGUGGGAAUUUCCACAAGGAAUAUCUUUUACCUUUAAAGGGAGAAAGGUCAAAGUUAGAACAUUGGAAGAGAGAGACAAAUUUUUGGCUACAUACGGAGAGGACCUUCAAAAGGAAUUGAAUUACCUUCUGGGCCUGGGGCAAAGCCAGUAUCAACACCAGCACCUGGGGAACCUGAAGAUCCAGAGAAGACACCACCCCUGGAGAAAUAACCAGAUAGAUCCAGGAUGUCUCUGCAAUUGCUGAGUUGGAACAUUAAUGGUUGUAACAUUCCGGAAAAAGGAAGAAAAUAUUUCAUAUAUUAAAAAAGAACAAUUGGACAUUAUCUGUUUACAAGAAACACAUGUGACGAGGCUCCACAGAAAAGUGUUAAUAAAUAAAAGAUUGGGCCAGGAAUUUGUUUCGUCGGACAAAGUUAAGAAGAGAGGCGUGGUGAUAUAUGCAAAAGAGAGCCUGUCACCUAAAUUCUUAUUUAAAGAUGAACAUGGAAGAAUUUUGGCCAUUGAGAUACAAUAUCAAGGAGAGAAACUGUUGAUAUUAGGAAUCUAUGCACCUAACGAAGGGAAAUCGGAAUUUUACAAGAAGCUGCAGGGGACAAUGCUGGAAUAUCUGGAUUACAACAACAUCAUAAUGAUGGGAGACAUGAACGGGUCGUGUCAACUAACAUGGACAAGUCACAAAGUCAAAAUGUUACAAAAGACGGCAGACUACCUAAAACUUUUUUGAAAUGACUGACAAUAUGGAUUUGAUUGACAUUUGGAGGACAAAGAACCCACUAGGUAGAGAAGGAACAUUCUUUUCUGAAGCCCAACUGACCUGGACAAGAAUCGACCAAAUAUGGAUUUCCAGAGGCCUGGCACCUAAGGUCAGAAAAGUGGAAAUCUGCCCAAAGACCUGCUCUGACCAUAAUGCAGUAAAGAUGGAUAUGACACUACUACCAACUGGAUCCUUUAGAUGGAAGAUGAAUGACAAUUUGUUUAGAGAUCAGGAAAUUACCAAGAAGGCCCAAAAAGUUUUGAAGGACUAUUUUGAGAUAAACAUGAACAAUUCGGUGGACAAAAGAAUUGUCUGGGACGCAAGCAAAGCUGUAAUGAGGGGAUUCUUGAUACAACAGAAUGUAGUAAAGAAAAGAACACAAAAUGAGAAAAAAGAUAAAAUCUUGGACAAAUUAAAAGAAUUAGAGAAGAAAUUAAGAGCGAAUCCAAAGUCACAGCCAACUCUGAGAGAAAUUAAACUCUAUCAAACACAAUAUUCUAAAUUGAUAAAUCAGGAAAUUGAAUGGAAGGUUAAAUUAAUGAAACAAAAAACGUUUGAGUCGGCGAAUAAAUGUGGAAAACUGCUAGCUUGGCAGUUGAAGAGAAGACAAAGAUUAAACACGGUUACAAACUUAGAGGUUGAUGGAAAAACAUUCAGAAUCCAGUGGAUAUUAGAAAGUGUUUCCAGAGAUAUUUUAAAAAUUAUACACCCAAGGGCCGCAAGACGAAGUUGAGAUUAAACAAUUUUUGCCAAAAAUGGACUAUCUAAAUUGUCACAAGAAAACAGGACAAUCCUGAACUCUAAAAUAACACGACAGGAGAUUGAACAAGCUAUUCAGAACAUGCAACUUGGCAAAUCUCCAGGGCCAGAUGGGCUGACCUCCAAGUAUUAUAAGACAUUAAAAGACUAUUUGAUACAACCCUUGAUGGAGGUCAGCAAUGAAAUUAUCGAGGGAAGAGGGCACCGGAUUCGUGGAAGGAAGCGUUCAUCACAUUAAUACCAAAGUCAGAAGCUGAAAAGACACAACUGAAGAACUACCGUCCCAUCUCUCUUUUAAAUGUGGAUUACAAAAUAUUUGCAGACAUUUUGGCAAGUAGAUUUAAAAAGUAUUAAAUGAAGUAAUUCAUAAGGACCAGGCCGGUUUUCUCCCAGGUAGACAUCUGUUUGCUAACACAAGGAACAUUAUUGACAUCUUGGAACUUCUGCAAACAGAUAUAAAUACAAAAGCAGUUUUAAUUUUUAUAGAUGCGGAGAAGGCCUUUGACAAUAUUUCCUGGAAAUUUAUGAUGGGAAAUUUAAAAGAGAUGGGAGUGGGACGGGGUUUUGAGAAUGGGAUUGAGGCGAUAUAUUCAGAACAGAAAGCUAAACUGAUAGUUAAUAAUGUGGUUACAGAAGAGUUUAAAAUUGAAAAAGGGACACGACAAGGUUGCCCUAUUUCCCCUUUGUUAUUUAUUUCGGUUCUGGAAGUGCUACUGAACAUGAUUAGAGGGGAUCGGUUGGUGGAAGGAAUUCAGGUUGGUCAGAAACAAUAUAAACUAAAAGCUUUUGCAGAUGACCUGGUUUUGACCUUGCAGAAGCCAGAGCCCAGUACGAAAAGAGUAUUACAAUUGAUUAAUGAUUUUGGUCGGGUGGCGGGAUUUAAAUUAAAUAAACAGAAAACUAAGGUUUUGGGGAAAAAUUUGACUGAUACAGAGUCAGAACGGUUUCAGAAUGAGACGGAACUUAAUGUGGUUAAAAAGUAAAAUACCUAGGGGUAAACAUAACAGCAAAAAAUCUAAGUCUAUUUAAGGAUAACUAUGAAAAAUGUUGGACAGAAAUUAAGAGAGACUUAGACAGUUGGUCAAAAUUGAAACUUUCUUUGUUAGGCCGAAUUGCUGCUAUUAAGAUGAAUGUAUUGCCAAGGAUGUUGUUUUUAUUUCAAACACUUCAGGUUUUGGACAAAACGGAGUGCUUUCAGAAGUGGCAGAGAGAUAUUUCGAAGUUUGUCUGGCAGGGCAAAAGCCCAGAAUCAAGUUUAAGAUAUUAACUGAUGUAAAACAAAGAGGGGCUUUGCCCUGCCGGACUUAAAGUUGUAUUAUGAAGCCGCAGCGUUCUGCUGGCUAAAAGACUGGCUACUUCUUGAAGACACUGAUGUGUUGGACUUGGAAGGGUUUAAUAAUGUUUUUGGAUGGCAUGCAUAUUUAUGGUAUGACAAAGUUAAAGCAAAUAAGGCCUUCAAGAACCAUAUUGUCAGAAAAUCAUUGUAUAAUGUCUGGACAAAAUAUAAAGACUUGCUGGAAAAUAAAACACCAAGGUGGCUUUCACCUUUGGAAGCUAAGGCCCGAAAAAGACCCAAUAUGGAGGCUAAAUGGCCAAAAUAUUGGGAAAUACUAGAAAAGAUGGAGACAAUUGGAAAUUGCAGAGUUUGGAGAAAAUGAAAGACAAAGUGCGAGAUUGGUUACAUUACGCUCAGAUUAAAGAAGUUUUUAAAAAUGAUAAGAAACUAGGGUUCCAGGUGGAGAAAUCGAAAUUAGAAACAGAAUUGUUAGAACCAAAGACUAAGGUACUUUCAAGGAUGUAUAACUUGCUGUUGGAAUGGAAUACACAAGAUGAAAUGGUUAAAUCGGCUAUGAUAAGGUGGGCACAGGACAUUGGGUAUAAUAUUAUGUUUGAGGACUGGGAAAAGUUGUGGAGUAAUGGAUUGAAAUUUACUGCAUGUAACGCUCUGAAAGAAAAUGUAAUGAAAAUGAUUUAUAGAUGGUAUAUGACCCCAGUUAAACUUGCAAAAAUUUACCACCUGUCUGAUAAUAAGUGUUGGAAAUGUAAAGAGUGUGAGGGAACGUUCUUCCACCUCUGGUGGACCUGCCCUAAAGUGAAGGCGUUCUGGGAAAUGAUUUAUAAUGAAUUGAAAAAGGUAUUUAAAUAUACCUUUACCAAGAAACCAGAGGCUUUCCUUCUGGGUAUUGUCAGCCAAGGGGUGGCAAAGAAGGACCAGACAUUUUUAUGUAUGCAACAACAGCAGCAAGGAUACUUCUUGCAAAACAUUGGAAAACUCAAGAUUUACCCACACUGGAAGAAUGGCAGAUGCAACUGAUAGACUACAUGGAACUGGCUGAAAUGACCGGCAGAAUCCGUGACCUGGGAGAAGAGAGAAUCGAGGAGGAUUGGAAGAAAUUUAAGAACUAUCUACAAAAAUAUUGUGAUUUGAGUGAAUGCUAAAUAAGAUGCUAGACUAAAUAACUGAGCACCACUUAACCUAGAAGUUUUUAAGAAAAUAAGUAAGACUGUGAAAGUUUAACUCUUUAUGAGAACUAUAAGAUUAUGAAACAUUGAAGAGAUAUAAGAAUUUAAAUAAGAUGAUAAAUUGCUGACAAAAUGUUAUAACGAUGAAAGUGGGAGCGGGGGAUGUGAGGAAGUCCAAAGAAAAUGUGAAACUAUGUUAAGACAAAUGUUAUAUUGUUUAUUAUGUUUAUUUUUAUUGUAAAACCCAAUAAAUUGCUUUAAAAAAAAAAAACAAAUGGGCGGGGUAUAAAUAAUAAAUUAUUAUGAUGAUGAGGCAAAUAGAUUAAAAAUAUUGGGAAAUUAUAUACAAUGAAUUGGGAAAAAAAAGUUUAAAAUGAAUUUUGUCAAACACCCUGAAGCCAUUUUGUUAGGUAUCUCAAAUCAAGAGCUAUCAAAAGAAAAAUGGACAUUAUUUAUGUAUGCUACAUCAGCAGCAAGAAUCUUGAUUGCACAAUAUUGGAAGACGGAAGAAAUACCAUCAAAGGAACAAUGGCAACAAAAGCUGAUGAACUAUGUAGAAUUGGCUAAGCUAACAUACAAACUACAAGAGGAUGAAAAGGACUUCAAAAGAGUCUGGGAACCAUUUACUGUUUAUUUGCAGAAAUAACAGAAUGGACUGGAUUCACUGGCAGGAUUUGAAUAAACUUUCACAACUUCAUUUAAGUAACAGAUAUUUUAAAGAAAUGAUAAGGGAUUUUAUUUUUGGGUAGGAAAAGCAGGAUACGAUAUAUAAAACUAAAUAACUCAGCAGAGGGGGAGAUGAGGGAAGUCCAGAGGAGGGGAGGGAGAAUAAUUGUAAAUAACAUGAUGAAUGAGAUUGGUAUCAUUAAUUGUUAUAGAAUUCAAUAAAUAAUCGGGAAAAAAGAAAAAAAAGAAAUACAUAGACAAAUAAUUAUGAAUUAUUGUGAGGUUUCAUAAGUUAACUGUUUAUAUUUGGACAACUUUUCUGAUGUACUUUUUGUGGGGGGGGGGAGGAAAGAUAAAGUUGGGAGACCUAGUCUGGAAGAGGCUUGCAGAAAGAGGAGGCCGAGGAGAAACAGGCUGGUGGAAAGCUGGAAAAGGGGAACCGAGGACUGGAGCGGAGAACUUCAGGGAUUCCUGCUGCAGGACUGAAGUUCCCAGUAGAGGCUUUAUUGUUUGGAGAAUGUCAGGCCAGCCCCGGGAAGAAGGGCCUGGAAGCAGUGAACUCUUCUUAGUUGACCUGCAAGCACUUCAAGGACUUACAGAUCUCAGUUAUUAUUUCCACCCCUUUGGAUUUGCUUCUGCAUUCAGGUGCCUAUUCUGUACAGUUGGGUGUGAGUGCAGUUGUUGGGACCCAGUGGGAUUGGGAAGAGGUUGCCAGCCCUGAAGAGCCUUCAGCACUUGCCUCAAGUCUGAGGUGCACAGAUAUGCAACUGACUUGCACAAUUAAUACACAAAGAUCCACAGACUUGUGGAAUAUUCUGGUCACAAGGCUGCACUUUCAUUUUCACUGCUUCACACUUAGCUAAUUCCACUCCAAACAAUCCAUUCACUGAACCUCUUGGAACUUAGCCUUUCAGAGGUAAGGGGUUGGUUCUGUGUAUAUAAAUUUGCAAAGGAACAAUGGGAUUAAGGUUUCUCCUCAGCUCUGUAUGUUUAUUCUAUAACAUUUUUCCUGUGAAGAAAAGGCAUGUUAUCUUUGCAGAAACAAAUUCACACUUUUGAGAGCUGCAAAAACAAGCAUCUUUGAUAAUAUCUUGUUAGAAAAACUGCCCCAAAUAAUCUUACAGAAGCCUCUGGAAGAGCAUGACAUUGUGAAUGGAUUAAUGGAAUUCAUUUACCAAAAAAACCACUGCAUAUUAAACCUCAUGCUACGUAAUUAAAAACAAAUCCUUAUUUCCUGAUGAAUAGCCUUUGGACUAUAAUGUAACUUAGCGUAGAUUCUGGCGUAUAAGAUGACACCCCCCCCCCCAAAUUGGCAGCUGCAAUUUGGGGUUUCGUCUUAUAAGCCCAGUUGCCUAAUACACUGGGCUGCUCCAUGCCGGGAGAAGGCUGCCCGGAGCAAAGCACCGCCCGCCGCCCCUGUUGCUGCUUCCGAAGUGGGCUCCACGCCAGGCCGCUCUCUCCCGGUGCGGAGUGGAGCCCGCCGCUACUGCGGCUGCUUUGGAGCUGCCGCAGCUGGAGCGGGGGGCGGAUGUCCGGCGUAAAAGGCGACCCCCGACUUUUUAACCUCUUUUUCGGAGUUAAAAACUCGCCUUAUACGCUGAAAUUUACAGUAAAUAGAAAACUGUCUUUAGAAAGACUUUUCCUCCCAAAGCAUUUUAUUUUUUAAAAAUCUGAUUUAAAUUUUUUAAAAAUCGGAUUACAAAAUAAUAAUAAUAAUAAUAAUAUUUAUUUAUACCCCGCCCUCCUCAGGGCAGCUAAAACCAAUAAAAUUACAAUAAAACAUAAUGGGGGGGGGAAACAAACAAACAAACAAAACAGUUUAUAAAAAUAUGGGUUAAAAUACAAUUUAAAAUGCAGCCUCAUUUUAAUAGUAGCCCAUAAAUCAACCAUAACGGGAGGGAAACAUAAGGGUCAGACUGAGUCCAAAGCAAAGGCCAGGCGGAACAGCUCCAUCUUGCAGGCCCUGCGGAAAGAUGUCAAGUCCCGCAGGGCCCUGGUCUCUUGGGACAGAGCGUUCCACCAAGUCGGGGCCACGGCCAAAAAAGCCCUGACCCUAGUUGAGACCAAUCUAACCACCUUGCAACCCGGGACCUCCAAAGUGUUGUUAUUUAUGGACCUUAAGGUCCUCCGUGGGGCAUACCAGGAGAGACAGCCCCGUAUGUAUGAGGGUCCUAUCAUUAAUUUUUAUCCACCCUGGUUCAGAAAACCAACCCCAAAUUUACCCUCAACUCUACCCUCCUUUCCAGAUGUUUGGGUUGCAACUCAAAAUCACUUCCUACCUUGUGAAUUCCUCAUGGAGGUUGUUUGGCUCCGAUGAAUAGUAUUUGAUUCGAAAGUGCAACGUAUAUGGUGGCCCAACUAGAUGAAGAAAGGUUUUUAAAUGUUAAAAGCCAGAAGCCGUGCAGUAACUCAUACAAUACUCUAUUACAACGAACGAAGGUAUUUUGUGAAAGUGCUGAAGCCUUUGGCGUGAGCAGGGCUGAUGUCACAAAGGCCCAGCAGUGAUGCUGUCACAGACAGACUAGGCAGGGGAGGGGAGUCCAGGCAGCACCAGAGAAACAGGAGAGCUGAACCAGAUGUAAUGGGGGCAGCUGUGUUUGGUUCAUCACAGAUUUGCUGGGGGAGCCAAAAAGCUGCCUUAGUAGCGUUGGGAAGCAGCCCCUCUGAUUCAGAUCCACUCUGCCAUUCAACUCUGCGCCCUAUGGUUGGGUGCGUCCUGUAGAACGAAAAAUACGGUAGAUAAAUAGGUUCCACUCUGGCAGAAAGGUAAACGGUGUUUCCGUGCACUGCUCUGGAUCGCCAGAAGUGGCUUAGUCAAGCUGGCCAGAUGACCCAGAAGCUGUAAGUAAAGCGAGAUGAGUGCCGCUACCCCAGAGUCGGCCACGACUGGACCUAAUGGUCAGGGGUCCCUUUACCUUUUACUAAUUAUAUAUAUUUAGAAUUUUAUUGAAAAUUAAGAACCUCUCCCUUUGUUCCUGGGAAUGUACUGGUGAAUAUUUUUUCUUUGAACUUGGUGUUCUUUGAUAGCUGACCUGUUUAUAGGGGACUAGCUUGAAACAUGGUGACUUAAUUGGUCCUUUUGUUAACCUUAAAAAUGUGUUCAUCGUAUUCUUUUUCAUAAUUGCCAUUUGUGCCAUCCUGUUCAGAUGCCCUGGCUUUUGUAUGAGUGUAUGUGUGAGUGUGCAAGAGAGAGAGAGAGAGAGAGGGAGAAUCUUUAUGUGGGCUGUACUGCUUUAGAAUGCAGUUAGAGGGCUCACGCGUUUGAAUAUUCCUUCAUAUUUAAAAUAAAUAAAAUUAAAAUUGCUUGAUGCAGGAAACCAGAUGUCAACAAAGCAUGCUCUUGAUAUGCUGGUUUUCUAACAUCCCUUCCUGGAGAAGACUUGGAUAUUUUUCACACCAGUAAGUUAAGCAAGAAAGCCUUUGCAGGGGUUUGCGGGUGGCAAGUAAUGCAGCAAAAGACCCGUGAGAGUUUUGACCUGUUCACUUACUGCUUUCUGGGGAGAAAUCCCAAUUCAGUAAGAGGAUCUAAUGCACUGUAACAUUUAUUUUGAAUGUUUAAAAAACAUGGUUCAGGGACAGACCGGAAAGUGGUUUCAUUCAAGUAAGUGGCAGAGCCUGACUUAACUUGUGAUGGAGAUGCCCGUUGAAACCAUUUCAGUUGCUCUGGUGGAUCAUCUAUACCAGGAGGAAGACAGAUUGUGGAUUAUACUGGAUCCCUCAGUAGCUUUUAUACCUGGUAUGCUUCAGGAUAAGUUCUUGGGCUGGGGACUGGAGACACCAUUUUUCUGUGAUUUUCCACUCCUAUCAGGGGGGCCAGUAACCUUGAGACUGGAUUGCUGCAAUGCACUUUAUGUGGGGCUGCCUUUGAAGAGAGUCCAGAAAUUGCAGUUAGUCCAAAACACUCUAGAGAGGUCACAAACAGGGACUGGACAAAGAAAUCUUACUUUGCCUGUGUUGGUCUUAACGUUCAUGGCUUAGGACCCAAAUAUUUCUUGGGCUGCCUUCUGCUCUUUUGAUCUGUCCACUUCCUGAAAGUAUUGUCUGGCACUUUUUGAGGGGUGCCCUUGCCUUCUGAAAUAUAGUGAGGAGCGAGCAGAGAGGAUGCCUUUUCCUUUGGUGGCUCCUUGCCUUUGGAAUACCUACUUCAAGGAAGUCCAGACCUUGUUGCCACCAUUUAGGCAACCCCCACCCCACCCCACCCCCGGCAUUUAAGAACUGCUACUGUAAGCAUCUUUAACUCAGAGCAGUUUGCUUUUACUGUCUAUUUGAACAGGCAGUUGCUGCUCCAGUUGCUUUAAUUUUCUGUAUUAGCUUGAGUUUGUUAUGCUGUUGUACUUUCUCUUUACUACCUUUCUGUUAGCUGAAAGCGCAAUAUUGUGUUGAAGUUGUCAGAUGUCAGUAAAUAAAUAUUGUUUGUAUGAAACAUGCAUGUAACUAUAUUUCCUCCUUUUUAUGUAAUCCUUUCUUGUAGAAACACGCAAAAGGGCAGGAUUUAUUUGACCAGAUUGUGUACCAUUUGGAUCUUGUGGAAACGGAUUACUUUGGCCUUCAGUUCAUGGAUACAUCCCAGAUUUUGGUAUGUAAAUGAGCUUUAUUUUAUGGUAAUUAUGGUGUCUAGAAGCAUAUACUAAAAGCUCUGAUAAGGAAGCCCUUGUUUAUAUAAUGUUGUGAAAGGUCAGAAAACUGGCACAAGUUUCAGAAUUGCUCUGUGGAAGCUAGUGUGUCUUCAGUCCUUGGGUCUGGCUCUUAUGCCAGUAAGAUACAUCUUGCAUUUAGAGGUAUGAGAAGUAUUUUUACACCCUGGCUGCAUUCUACUGAGAGAGGGUGUGGGAUGCUAUAGAAAGGUAUUCUUUAUUGGCUGUGUUUUGCAUAUUGCCUCCAGUGGGAUGUAAGAAGCCAAAUAUGUAGUACAAGAAUGAGGCCCAAGAGUUGGGAUUCAAAUGAGAAAGAAAGUGUGUCAUUGCAGAUUUGCUCUCCAGGACCCUCCACCUAGUGGGGGAAGUGAUGAAUACUGCUAGCACCUCUUUCCACCUGAGCAGAGCUUGCAUGUUUUCCCGCAGAUAUGCAAGACUGAUCCGUGCUCUGAGGCUCACUCUCUUUCUCCCUUUUUGCUCCCUGCAAAGAAGCCUUCUUAUUAACUGUAGGGUGAUUGGUUUGGUGUGGUGGUUUCCAGGGAUCUUUCCACCAAUGUGUGCUCCCCUUUCAUCUGAGAUUUUUGGUAGGCAUGUUACAAAGGAAAAGGUAUAGCAAUGAGGUUGAGGGCUAAUCUGAGCUAUGUUAUGUGGGAUGGUUUUUCACUCACAACCGGAGGCACUUCAAAAUCUGCUUGAAUCUGUCACUUUCAAAGUCUGCCAGGAAGUCGUAUGUGACUUGGGGUAAAUCUACAUCUUCAGUAGAUAAACAAAGUACAGCUCUCUUCAUCACAGAACCAUUUCCGAGUAGGAAGACUUGGAGCACUUGUUUGUGUCAUAAACUUCCUGCACGUUGAACAACUUUUGUGUCAAGGAAAGGCGUGGCAAAAUAGGUGAGGUGAACUGAAAUCCUUGCAGUGUAAUGGCUUUGGCAGACCCUGAAGCUUCCCUGGCCUGUCUCUUUUGGGGUCUUUAUGGCUUCAAGGCUGAGAAAUUGCACCCACAUACAAACUAGCUUUGAGUACAGAAUAGCUCUGUUUCUUUAGCAGACUGAAUUGCUCUUGGUAUCAAAUGGAAAUUGUCCUGGCAGUUUAGAAGAAUUGGUGCUUAGAGGGUAAUCUGAGAAUAUCUGAAACUGUCACUUCCAAAAUACCAUACUAGCUUCUUUCUGAAUAGAGAAGUCAUUUACUUGAGAUGCAAUAACAUUUUUAAUUAUCAGGCUUCAACUCUACAGAGGAAGAAACCAAAACACUUGGGAUUCAAUUUGUAUCAUCUGGCAGAGAUGGCACAAUAGAGAUUUGCUAAAGCCAGAAGUUGCCUGAAUGGCUUAUUUUUUGGUAACUGAAGUGACAGUGUUCUUUGAAUGAAUAACAGCAAAUAGUUGUGCUCCUCGGCCCCUGGGUGAAUUGUAUGCAUUAUCUUAAAGGAGAUCUUGUAAAGCGCCUCCACCUCUAAAGGAGCCGUGUGUAUUAAAAGUGGGCAUUGCGUCCCCCCCCCAUUUGAAGUGGCUGCUUCAGUUCAUUGUUUCCCCGUUGUCAUGCUAUUUUAGUGCUGUGUUCUGUGUGUUCAGUUUUUAAAAUAAAUAAAUGCAAACACACCUAUAUUUCAUUUUGUUUAUUUACAGUAUUUAUAUUUAUUUUCCCUUUUUUGGUGAGAUUAUCUGUUAAGAUUUGAAGAGGAGCUCGUUGCACAAUGAGAAUGGGGAUUAAAAAAACCCACAAAACCAACCAAAAACAUUUGGGCUCUUCCUCUCUAAUGUGGAUGGAGCUUUUCUCCAUCAGGCAACCUCACUCUGCUUGGUCCAGAGGUUGGGGAGGCACAGGGGAUUGGGCUAGUAUAGGGAAGGGAAGUUGGGGCAGGCACUCAGCAGCAAAGCAGCUCUGGACUGCAACCAAGUAUGCAAACAGUGAAAGGUCUCCUUAUUUUUUCAAGGUAGAUUUCCCUUUCAGUUCUCCUGUUUUUGAGGGGAAGGCUUUACAUGUUUCUCAGUACAACUUCUGAACACCCCCUCUUCCAGCUCUAAGCUGGGAUGGGGAGUCUGUGGCCCUCUAGAGUGUAGUUGGGCUGCAGCUCACAUAAGUCCCAGCCAAGGUAGCCAAUGGCCAGGCUUUGUGGAAGUUCCAGUCCAACAGCAUGGAGAGGGCCAUAGGCUUCCCCACCCUGGUUUAGAGUGGGACGUGGGGGUGAUCAGUAGUUGUACUGAGAAACCUGUAAAUCCUUUCCCCACCCAAGCAAUUCAGUACCUCUCACUUAUCAUAUCCACAUGUGUCGUAAGGUAAUUUUUCUUUUUAAAAGAGGAAAUUGAGCCUCCUCCAUCUCUUAACAGUUGUGGCAUAUAAGGUUCGGCUCCAGACAUUACCCAAGCCAAAGUCACAUCUCUCAAGGAAAACAGACAAGCACUGCUAAGGACUGUGGAGAUGGUGCUGUUUUUCUGGACUUUCAAAAAACAUUAGAUUUUUCUGUGGUGUAAAAAGUCAGAAAUCCAGGGGAUAUGAAAGAUGGUAUUAUACAUGCCACAUUUAAAAAGUGCAGUUAUUCCACACAAAUGCUUGGUGUGGAAGCAGCACAUGGAAAUGGUGCAAAUGCUUGUUGAACAUGGUAUUCUUUGUAUGUUUCUUUCUGAAAUAUUAAAAACGAGCAGAGUCCUUCCUUUUUAAAAAAACAACAAUUUUCUUUUCCUAGCACUGGCUAGACCAUUCAAAACCCAUUAAGAAGCAAAUCAAAAGUAAGUAUGGUGAACCUAAAUCUUGAGUCAUUGCUAAAUAUUUCAUAUUUUUCAAAUUACAGAUUCACAUUGCCCACUAUUUGCCAUGUUGCUCACUAGUUGAAAGGUGUUUGUGUGAGAUCCCUAAGCACUCCCCUCCCCCCCCCGAUACUGCCUCUUUCAGUAGUUUUCUCUUGAUCAGAUUAAUGAUAUGCUGUUUGGUAGUUCCCCAUCUGGGACCACAAUGCAGAGCUGAUGAAACUAAGCAGGUAUGAACUUGAUCACCGUCCACCAGGAGCUCUUAAUUAAGUUUGAUAAGGGCUUCCAGACUGCUUUCUGAUAAGCAAGAAUGCUUCGCUGAUCUGAGCACCUAGAUCCUGAGUGUGCACUCUCAGUUUAAAUCAUAAAAAGUGCCUGGUUGAAUCAAGCUAAUCCCUGGACUAGCAAUUGACUGGUAGUUCUGUAGUGAAGUGCAGUCAUCCUUUAGUCCACCUCUGCUCUUCUUACUCCGUAUUUACUGAGCAUUUGAUAUGUCCUGUGUCUCUGUGCUCUGUUGAUAGUUAGUUGAAUGUGGAAGUGGAGUGAAUAUACACCGGUAGAGUAAUUUAUAUGCAAUGUAAAUGUGCACUUAGAUGAGCCCCUUAAAUUAAAAAAUUACUUUUUAAUUUAAUAAAAAAAUGUGCUUUUUAGAGCACAUUACCAGACAUAAAUUUUCCAUAAAAGCAUUUACGAUAGAGUACCUACCUAAGUCUCCCAGUUGAAGAGUAUUUCAACCAGUGAAGUUCAUGAUCUAUAUUUCUUCUCCUUUAGCUCUUACACCCACGGCCCAUUCUGUCCGCCAUUGUUCGUUUCCUGCUUUGUCUGCCCAUUCUGCCUUCAGUGUUGCCCUUUCCUUAAGCACCCCUCGGCCUUUCUGCUUCAAGCUGUUGCCUCCUCCACUCCACCUAUCCUUUUCUUAAGAUAAAACAAGAUGUAAUAGUAGCAACCCAACUUACUUGGAGUCCACUUUUGCAGAAGUGCUGUACUGCCACCUGAAAUUUCACCAUAUCUCCAAUUUUAAUCCACUUUUUAAAAUAAAAGUUUUCCUGCAGAAACCCCACUGAAUGGAUUGGCCUGAUAUUUGCCAGGCUUAAUCCACUCCGUUUGAAGAGGCAAUUUUUCGAUUUAUAGUCAAGGAAGGGAGAGAGAGGGAGCUUCAGAUUUAAUGGAUCAGAUUGGGAUGACUAGUGAAUGGAAUGGCAGAGUGGAUCUGAAUCAGAGGGGCUGCUUCCCAACGCUACUAAGGCAGCUUUUUGGCUCCCCCAGCAAAUCUGUGAUGAACCAAACACAGCUGCCCCCAUUACAUCUGGUUCAGCUCUCCUGUUUCUCUGGUGCUGCCUGGACUCCCCUCUCCUGCCUAGUCUGUCUGUGGCAGCAUCACUGCUGGGCCUUUGUGACAUCAGCCCUGCUCACGCCAAAGGCUUCAGCACUUUCACAAAAUACCUUCGUUCGUUGUAAUAGAUGUAUUGUAUGAGUUACUGCACGGCUUCUGGCUUUUAACAUUUAAAAACAUUUCUUCAUCUAGUUGGGCCACCAUAUACGUUGCACUUUCGAAUCAAAUACUAUUCAUCGGAGCCAAACAACCUCCAUGAGGAAUUCACAAGGUAGGAAGUGAUUUUGAGUUGCAACCCAAACAUCUGGAAAGGAAGGUAGAGUUGAAAAUAAAUUUGGGGUUGGUUUAUUAACCAGGGUGGAUAAAAAUCAAUGGUUUGUUGUUGGUUUUUUUAAAAAAAAGAUGAAAAAAAUGAUUUUUUAAAAAUUUAAAUCGGAUUUUUAAAAAUAAAAUGCUUUUGGAGGAAAAAUAUUUCUAAAGAUAGUUUUCUAUUUAAGUUACAUUAUAGUUCAAAGGCUAUUCAUCAGGAAAUAAGGAUUUGUUUCUAAUUAUGUAGCAUGAGGCUUUACAUGCGGUGUUUAAAUUUUUUGGUAAAUGAAUUCCAUUAAUCCAUUCACAAUGUCUUGCUCUUCCAGAGGCUUCUGUAAGAUUAUUUGGGGCAGUUUUUCUAACAAGAAGAUAUUAUCACAGAUGCUUGUUUUUGCAGCUCUCAAAAGUGUGAAUUUGUGUCUGCAAAGAUAACAUGCCUUUUCUUCACAGGAAAAAUGUUAUAAAAUAAACAUACAGAGUUGAGGAGAAAACCUUAAUCCCAUUGUUCCUUUGCAAAUUUAUAUACACAGAACCAAGCCCUUGCCUCUGAAAGGCUAAGUUCCAAGAGGUUCAGUGAAUGGAUUGUUUGGAGUGGAAUUAGCUAAGUGUGAAGCAGUGAAAAUGAAAGUGCAGCCUUGUGAGCAGAAUAUUCCACAAGUCUUGGGAUUUUUGUGUAUUAAUUGUGCAAGUCAGUUGCAUAUCUGUGCACCUCAGACUUGAGGCAAGUGCUGAAGGCUCUUCAGGGCUGGCAACCUCUUCCCAAUCCCACGGGGUCCCAACAACUGCACUCACACCCAACUGUACAGAAUAGGCACCUGAAUGCAGAAGCAAAUCCAAAGGGGUGGAAAUAAUAACUGGGAUCUGUAAGUCCUUGAAGUGCUUGCAGGUCAACUAAGAAGAGUUCACUGCUUCCAGGCCCUUCUUCCCGGGGCUGGCCUGACAUUCUCCAAACAAGAAAGUCUCUCACCACAUCAGUUAACAAACAUGGAUACAUAUGCUGUAAUAUUAUUGUUUUAGUUAAAUAAAUUGUUUAAAUCGUUAUUAAGGAAAUGAUUAUUUUUCUCCUUCCAAUAAAGUGCAGGAGAAAAGUUGUCCAAAUAUAAACAGUUAAGUUAUGAAACCUCACAGUAAUUUCAUAAUUAUAUAUUUCUAAUUGUAUAACCAAAUCAGUAAUUUUUGAUAUAACUGUAAAAACUACUUAGAAAAUUUAUUAUUCCAAAAAUGAAACCUUCAUCUGGUUGUAAAUAUUAAGAUUAUACCAGCAAGAAUGAAUCUUUCUGGAAAAAAAUGAUUUAAAUAAAGUCUUACUGACUAGAGAUUUAAAUCAUUAUUUAAAUUGUGAUUUAAAUCAAUAUGAUUUAAAUCAAAUCCACCCUGUUAUUAACAAUGUUCUUUUUAAUAGCAUCAUGUGCAGCUUUUGCCUAAAUGUGUGUUAAGCGAGCUGCCACCAAGUAUGGGAUCUUUUGCAUUCUUAUUGAGUUUGGUGUCUGUAGGGACCAUGUUCACAGAAAAUUGACAGAAUUUAGCAAUGGUUAAAAAAAUUCUGCGCUUAAGUGACUGUAUCUUCAGAAUAUCAAGGACUGAUUCUGUCUUAACUGUGGUUAAGCUUCAUUCUAGUACCUUCUUUCUCCCUGGUUUAUCUGUGACACUAGACUCCAUGUUCAUUAAACGUAGGCACUGGGAAUAACUAGCCACUGCCAACAGCUAAGGAGGGCAGCUCUCAGAUCUCCUUAUCUUUCACACGGCUAAAGGAUGCUGGGUCACUGUCUGUAUCAAGAGAGUCUUAUAAAGCAGCUGGUAUCCAGUUUCUUAUAAGAUUUUGACUUAUUCUUUCCUAUAUAGUCUCUGGAAAACACAUGCAAGGUGAUGUCUUGUCCUUCCUGCAUUCUGUAAUUCUAAAACUGGAGGCUUAAUUUUGUCAGAGGUUGGUUUGGAUGGGAUGGUGCUGUUGCCUCAUGGCAGGGAGCAAGGAUCACACUUGUCAGAUAGGAAGGGUCCCUCUUUAAACAGAUGGUGCUUUAGUACAUAUCACACACUCGCUCUCAUCUCCCCGAGAGAGGAAAAUAACCUGACUGAUGGGUUUUCUGUCUGUCUUCUCCAAAGACAGGUAAUCCACCCCACCCUGGUCUGGAGUCCAAACCAUGAGAGAAGCAUCUAGGAGUGGCAUUUUCAGGUCAGGUCAUGUUGGAGAAGGUGAUACAGUAGCAUUCUCCCUACCUAGUUUCCUUGUGCCUUGACUUUUUCCUCACUAGUUCCAUUAUAGUACACUGAGAUGUCUCCUAGGUUCUGGUUCCUUAUAAGAAAACUUGGAUACCUCUUGCCUUACCCAGCAUCCCCUGCUCCUGCAAAAGCUGUCAGGGUUUGAGAGUUGUCCUCUUGAUUCACCUGGAAUGUGAAGCCCCUGGCUCAUCUCCUGUGAAAGGGUAGCAGCAGCCGGCAUGGCCUGGUUGUUCAUUCUUCUCUGAGGCCUAGCUAGCUAGAGUCUAAGUGGCCCAAACAGAAACCCAACUCUCCCUCUUCACUCGCCCAGAGACCCAGCAAGUGAGCAGGCAAUGCAGCGGGUGGGUGGACACAACCUCCUCUUUCCCCACCUUUGCCUGAUGUGUGCCUUCUUUUUCAGGAGUGUGGGUAAAUAUUUCUUACUUCUUCCUCAGAGCCUGGCUAUGUUCGGUUUCUGGAAGAGAAGGGAGGGCCAGAUUUGGCAUAGCAGGCCUUUCCUUACUCUUCCUUUGACCAAGCCAGUAACUUCAUUGUUGGAUGAGUAGGGCAGAGUGGGAAUGAGGAAAGAGCUGCAGUGCUGUGUUCCUAAACCUGUCAAAUUUGAUGAACAUUUAGCUUUAGGUAUAUGCAAGUUCCUAACGUUCUGUUACACUGUAGCACGACCAAAAAAAGCAGAGGAGUGAGAGGUGAGGAACUUCCAGAUGUUGUUAGACUCCAACUUCUACCAUCCUUAACCAUUGACUAUGCUGGCUGGGACUGGUGGGAGUUGGAGACCCAUGAUACCUUAACAGCCACAGGUUCUCCAUCCUUGAGCUUUGCCAAUAAGAGUGGGCUCUGUCACCAAUGACUGCCGUUGAAUUCUGUGGAGCAAAGUAAAUAAACUGCUAUCUGGGACACACCUGAAAGGUGGGGGUAAAGCCUGGGCCCUUGAAAUACGGUACAGAGUCACUUUCUCUGCAUGCAGAUAACCUGUCACAGUGGCUGGCAUUUCACUAGUCAAAUGAUAAAAUAAAUUGUGUGCUAUUAUGGUGAACUGGGGUUCUAUAGUUGGACUUCACAGCUUUGGGGAUACUGGAGGCUGCUGAAUCUCCUCAGCAUCUGCUGGAGUAAUAGGAAAGGGGUGCUUUCUUUUGGCCUAAAAGUUUAUAUAACUAAUUCAUACCUAACAAGGUCAGUAAGAAACAUCCAUGAGUGGAAUAAGUUCUGGUUAUGGUUCUUGUAUGGAACAUACAAAUCUUCCAGAAGUCAUGGAAUGCAGGCAGUUCACACACUACUCUGAAAUAAUACAUUUGGUUUUAUUUGAAGUGCUUUUGGUGUGGGUAUGAGAACUGUUGCUAGGACCUUUUUAAAAAGUUGUGAUCCAAAAGGGUUUUAUUGUUUUACAGGGUGGGGAACUCUUGGGAAACAUGAUUGAUCUUUUUUCUUUUUCUUGUGUAUUUGCUAGGUACCUGUUUGUAUUACAGCUGCGGCAAGAUGUUCUUUCGGGAAAGUACGUUCCUAUUUUUCUUUUCGUAUUUCUUGAACCCUUGUCCCGUUUUUCAGAAGGAGAUGCUCAAAGUAAAGUGUAUCAAUUGAAAGCUUAAACCUAAUAAGAGGGAACUCAAAUUCUUAAUCACUCAAAGCACUAUCAUCACCUGACAUAACAUUUCAUUAAGUAAUAAAAUAAGGGUGGCUAAUCUUUGUUCCUCCAGAUGUUGCUGCACUCCAAUGCCCAUCACCCCUGACGUCCAUACAGACGGGCUGUCUGAGUCCAGCAACAUCUGGGAGCCCUGAGUUAGCCCACCUAUGCAAAAACACUUCAAGUCACUUGACAAGAGUGAGAAACCUGCUGUUGGACUCCGUCAUUCUCAACCAGCAUGGCCAAUGACCUGGAGUGAUGGGAACGGAAGACAAAAGUGUUCCAUCUUCCUCUUCUGGUGUGUCUGUAUGUGUCUAUGUUAAGUACCUUCCCACACUCAGAUGACACUAAUCUGAUCUGAGCUAAGAUGAAAGGAAGGUUUGCACAUCACUGCUCUGCAUAUUGGGGAGCAGGUGGUGCUGUGGUCUAAACCACUGAGCCUCUUGGGCUUGCCGAUCGGAAGGUCGGCGGUUCGAAUCCCCACGACAGGGUGAGCUCCCGUUGCUCUGUCCCAGCUCCUGCCAACCUAGCAGUUCGAAAGCACGCUGGCACAAGUAGAUAAAUAGGAACCGCUGCGGCGGGAAGGUAAACGGCAUUUCAGUGUGAUCUGGUUUCCAUCAUGGUGCCCCAUUGCACCAGAAGCAGUUUAGUCCUGCUGGCCACAUGAUCUGGAAAGCUGUCUGUGGACAAAUGCCGGCUCCCUCGGCCUGAAAGCGAGAUGAGAGUCUCAAGCCCAUAGUCACUUUUGAUUGGACUUAACUGUCCAAGGGUCCUUUAUCUUUUUUACCUUUAUAUUGGGGCUUGUUAUUGUUAUUAUUAUUAAUUUAAUUUAUAUACUGCCCUAUACCUGGAGGUCUCAGGGCGGUUCACAGAAUAAAAUCAAAAUAUAAACCCACAAAAUACAUAAUCAAAAUGAAAACAACAACCCAAUAACUCCACCCCCAAAACCCACAUUUUGAAAGGAUAUAGGACCCUCACAACAUUUAAAAGUAUGGCAAUGAACAAACCUGGAUAAAGGCCUCUUGUUGGAAAGACCAUGAUCUCAGAAAUGUCUGCAGCAAUAUUUAUUGGCAGCCAAAUUGGCUGAGUGCCUUUCUGAUACAAAGACAAAAAUAGCGUUGAAAUAAGAGUGGAAGGGGGGAAUUAGCUUUGGUUAUUGAGCAGAUGUAACACUAGGGCUUCACCUUCUACAAGGGAAAAGCCUGUCCUCUUUGCUGAGUUUCAUAUUCUUUCUUCUGGGUGCUGUUUCCACUGAUGCGCUUCCACCAGAAUGUGGCUUGUGCACCCCAGGGCCACUGUGGCUUUCUGGAUCAGCCUCUUGGUCAGAGUCUGUGUUUGGAUGCAUGGAUGAGAGAGCUUUAUUUCAACAGCAAAGACUAUAUCAUGAAGGCUAUCUAAUAAUAAUAGAAAUAUGUUUUUACUUCCAUCUUUCCACUAAAAAAGCCCUCAAGCCAGCUUGCAAACACAGUUAAUAAAAUAUAAAAAUGCAAACAAUAACUAAGAUAAAUUUGAAAACCAUAACAAAAUACAAAAAAAGAAAUGCAGGGAAAGAACAGUCAUGGCCAGUAAAUAUUAAUUGCUAUUACAUGCUUAAGCAAACAGGACCAAAUUAUUCUGGCCUCUAAAAGGUGCUGUUGGUUUGCUUGGGGAAGGGCUAUUGCCUGUCAGGGGCUGGACUCAGGGGGGCCACCCCCCUCCUCCUGAACCCGCUCGAGAACAGGAGGACAGUAUAGAUUUAGAACUGUGGUUUGCAGAAGGACAUAGUUCAGAGACUGCAGAGGGGGAAAGCUGGGAAAUAUUGGGAGAGGAACAACAGAAAGAAGAAACACUGGGGCAGAGACAGCUGACCAACUCCGUGUCUUUGGAGAGCAUUCCUGAGCCCUCCUCUCCCAGGACUAGGCGUGCAUUGAGGGUAGGAGAGCAGAAAGCUCAAGGGCAGAAAGCUCAGCUUAGCCAGCACAGGAAUGACACAGGAUAAGAGAGACGGAGGGGGUUGGGCUUUACUCGGAGCAACGCCAUUAUAGAAUAAGGACUACAUUCCUUUCUCUGUGUGAAUACGGAAUAAAUCACGUGGUAAGGACUCUUCGUGUUUAUCUGCUUUUUGGCUGCCACCGGGGAAGGGACAAGAUUCCCUGAACCUUGACAUUGCCAGAGGAAAGGUAUGCUUUCUGGAAGCCGUGCCCCUGCCAACUGUUGGAAGGAGGUAGCAGCUUGGCAAGAGCCUCAGAUGAAGAUCUGAGUUGACAGACCAGUUCAAGGGAGGAGAAAGCAGUUGUAGAGUGCAAGUGAAACUUUGUCUCUCUGUGUUACGGUCAACAUGAAUAGCAGAUGUCAUCCCAAAUGGAGCCUUUACUACAAGUCUCUGCUCCAAAAUGUAUUUUUGAAAAGGAAGUGAUACCUUUAAAAAAAAGCCAGUGGAAGUUUAACUGGUUUCCACCUGUAUCUGAUAAAAGUGGAGAGUUUUGCAGAGCAAUCCUGAGUGUAUUUAUUCCUAUUCUGCCCUGCAUGCAAUCCUAAGCAAGUCUAUUCAGAAGCGAGUCCUGCUGAAUUCAGUGGGAAUUACUCCUAGGGAAGUAUGUUUAGGAUUGCAAUGCACCUUUCUCCCUUGUAAGAGCUCAUUCAUGCUUUCCUUUACUCCAUGUGUCUAGGCACAGGGCCAGGCUUUCCAGGUCUGUGUCCGAGGGGUUUUGGUGUUUUUUGGUCCCAGCGCUUUCCCCAGGAAAACCCACGUUUUACCACUUAAUUGGAGCAAAUGGCAAUUGGGUUUUCUGCCGUUUUAGUGGCAAAAUGCAGUUCUGCCAGUGGAAAGCUAGGUGCUAAGGAUUGCAGCCUUGGUCAACAACAGAGAGCCUUUCUCUGUAGAGUCCUUGUGGGAAAGUUUAUCUUUCGUCACGAGCUUUUGAAAGGGACCCUUUUUGAUUGGUUAAUUGUUACAUGGAGUGUGUAAAAUCCUUUGAGCGACUUCCUUCUUCCUCAUGGAAAUAAAGUAACAUGUUAUAUUUGCAGCUAAUAGUAAGUAUUUCACCUUUCGUUUUGAAAGGGCAUGAGAAGCUCUUACAUGCUAAGAUUAGGCUUGGCAGUGGUUACACUGUUAUGCAUGUAAUUAUUUGGUGUGGGGGCAGGGGAGGUCUGAAUAACUGGUGUAACAGGAGUUUGCUCUGUUUCCAUAGAAGGGAAACAUGAAUCAGGGACCAUUAAGUGGGCUUGGCAAGUCACCCUCACUCCUGAUCUGGCAUGUGCAGAAUGGGAAAAUGACAAGGCUUGUACCUGCUGUUUAACCAAGCUUGGCUCUACACGGGUGGUAAAUCCAUCUCUGAGUUGUACCCCUUCAUCCUGUCAGUGGGAGCUCAUAUGGCCAAAUGAUUCUCGACACAGAGCAGUUUCCUGCACAUAGAAAAUUAGCUUAUGGAGACGGCAAGGCCAAAAACUUGCCCCCUUGAAUACUAGUUUUCUGUGUGCACAAAGUAGUAAUACCCAAGCAUAGAGUUAGCUCCUCACAAGGUAGUGGAAGGGACAGGGGUGUUGCAUGCUCUGGCAGCCACAGCCAAGGCCAGCCAAAAAUUAUUUAUUUAAGCAUUUCCAUAUUCAUGGAUAUGGCGUUUUAACAUUGCAGGAGAAUUCAUAAAAGGUUUUUUAAAAUGGUUUCACUUGUAACUACUGUAAUUGGAUUGUGUAUCAAAUCGUUUGCAGUUGGCCACUUUGAAUGUCAUUUAAGAGAAAUAAUAUGAAAUAUUUUAAUUAAUAAAUAAUAAUGUUGAGUUCAAUUGAUGGAGGGGAGGGGGGCUUCUUUGUGAGGGAUUAUUGUUGUUUACUGAAAUAUUUGUAUCUUUCUUUACAGAUUGAAAUGCCCUUAUGAAACAGCUGUAGAACUCGCUGCUUUGUGUCUCCAAGGUGUGUCCCAGGGUUGGUUGCUCAUUCACAUAUGGCCGCCAAAGGCCACAUGUCAGAGCUAUGGUGGUGCCUGGAACUGCUGCAGACAGAGUAGACCUACAUACUGCCUGUUUGAACUUUACUUGAACUGAACUUUAAGGGGGGGGGGAGUAAUAGGCUCCGUAGUUCUUGUCUUCCAAGAGAAGGCAGUCUUUCUCUUUCCCAGUAGCCUUUGCCUGUCAGAAAGUCUGAUAGAAACUCUUCUGCAGCCUGUGAAAACUCUCCCAUAGUUGCACGUUAAUUGCUGACAGGGGACUGACAGCUAAAACUCAUGCAUGUAUGUAUGUAUGUAUGUUAGGCUUCAGUUCCUGUCCCAAAUCGCUAACCAUGUUUCUAUGAAAUAAUGCUUUCACAGAAAUAGUAAAUGGCUUGGUUGUAAUACUUAAAUUUGUUCAUUUGAAAUAAUCUGAAUUGGCUAAGUGCAAACAAGAGAGGAGAAAAUAUAUAUAUACAGUGAGGGGGGAAAGUAUUUGAUCCCCUGCUAAAUUUGCCCAUUUGCCCUCUGAUGAAGAAAUGACCAGUCCAUAACUUUAAUGGUCAUCAUCAUCAUUAAUCUUUAUUACAGUCCAGAGACCCAACAAAUCAUUACAAAGCAAUACACAAUUCAUACAGCCUACCUUCAGGUUAAACAAGCAUUUUGUUUAGAAUAUAGGGAAACUUUAAUGGUAGGUUUAUUGUAGCUGUGAGAGACAGAGUAACAACAGGAAAAACCCCCAGAAACCCAGAAGACAAAGUCAGAGAGUGAUGUGCAUUAUAAUGAGUGAAGUAAGUAUUUGAUCCCCUGUCAACCAGCCAGAUGUCAGGCUACCUGGUAUCUUCACUGUAUGUAACGAACUUAGAUUAGAAGCACCUGCUGUAAGGGAGAGGUCUUACCUGUAAUCCCAGCUCGUUACAGUACCUGUACAAAAGACACCUGUCGACAGAAGCAAUCAAUCCAGCAGAUUCCAAAGUAGCCAUCAUGACCAAGACCAAAGAGCUGUCCAGUGAUGUCAGGGACAAGAUUGUAGACCUGCACAAGGCUGGACUGGGCUACAAGACUAUUGCCAAGCAGCUUGGUGAGAAGGUGCAAUAAUUCACAAAUGGAAGAAACACAAAAUAACUGUCAACCUCCCUCGGUCUGGGGCUCCAUGCAAGAUCUCAUCUCGUGGAGUUGCAAUGAUCAGGAGAACGGUGAUAAAGCAGCCCAGAACUACACAGGGGGAACUUGUCAAUGAUCUCAGGGCAGCUGGGACCAUAGUCACCAUGAAAACAGUUGGUAACACACUACGCCGUGAAAGACUGAGAUCUUGCAGAGCCCGCAAGGUCCCCUUGCUCAAGACAGCACAUGUACAGGCCCGUCUGCAGUUUGCCAAUGCACAUCUGAAUGACCCAGAGGUGAACAGGGUGAAAGUGUUGUGGUCAGAUGAGACCAAAGUCAAGCUCUUUGGCAUCAACUCACUCGCCAUGUUUGGAGGAGGAGGAAUGCUGCCUACGACCCCAAGAACACCAUCCCCACCGUCAAACAUGGAGGGGGACAUAUUAUGCUUUGGGGGUGUUUUUCUGCUAAGGGGACAGGACACCUUCACCGCAUCGAAGGGACGAAGGACGGGACCAUGUAUCGACAAAUCUUGGGUGAGCACCUCCUUCCCUCAGCCAAGGCAUUGAAAAUGGGUCAAGGAUGGGUAUUCCAGCAUGACAAUGACCCAAAACGCACGGCCAAGGCAACAAAGGAGUGGCUCAAGAAGAAGCACAUUAAGGUCCUGGAGUGGCCUAGCCAGUCUCCAAACCUUAAUCCCAUCGAAAAUCAGUGGAGGGAGCUGAAGGUUUGAGUAGCUACACAUGAGCCUCAAAAUCUUACUGACUUGGAGAGGAUCUGCAAAGAGGAGUGGGACAAAAUAUCUCCUGAGAUGUGUGCAAACCUGGUGGCCACCUACAAGAAAUGUCUGACCUCUGUAAUUGCCAACAAGGGUUUUGCCACCAAGUACUAAGUCAUCUUUUGCAAAGGGAUCAAAUACUUAUUUCACUCAUUAUACUGCACAUCAAUCUCUGACUUUUGUCUUCUGGGUUUCUGGGGGUUUUCCUGUUGUUAUUCUAUCUCUCACAAGUACAAUAAACCUACCUUUAAAAUUAUGGACUGGUCAUUUCUUCGUCAGAGGGCAAAUUGGCAAAUUUAUAGCAAGGAUCAAAUACUUUCCCCCCUCACUGUACAAUACCAAUAACUGUUGGGAUAAAGAAUGAAUCUUGCUAUCAAGGAAAUUAAGAAAUGAUCUGUUCAUAAAAUGCAGUUGUUCUAGAGAUCUUUCAAAUAAGAGAAAAAUGUGAUGUUCUUCACAUAGUUGCUCUUUUACAUUCUCUCCCCGCCUCUUGAAAAGAGAUCUGUGCAUUCAAAAAAUGCGUAAAGUAGGCCACCCAGACACGCCCAGCACAGCACCCAGCAGAGGCGCCCCUUGGCACCUGUGCAUUUGGUACACAGCUCUUUCGUACAAGGGGGUGGGAUCCAAAUCAACUCGUGUGUGCAAGGUUGAAUGCUCAGCUGGUGUGACUUGGCUCCUGGGCACGAGCAGCAGGGAGCCUGGUGACUGAGAGCAAAGCUGCUCCCUCCCUUAGCAUUUGAGGGGUGUUCUUCCUUAGGGCAAGAGGUUGUUCCGCUUAAUCUAAUGGCUUUUUCCCAGUGAAAUUAUUUAUGUUAUAUAUGCUCUUAAUACUCAUAAUAAAUCCAGGGGUACCCAGUGAAUUUGUGUUACAAAUCUGAGUAAUACCUUUUCCCACAGACCAGAAUAUCUAUAUGCUAACUUUCUCUGUUGCUUAUUGCUCUCUUGCUCUGAAUUUGUUUAAGCUGGAAAACUUAAAUGGAGGUGUUUUCUAAUAACGUCAUAGCUUGGAAAAGAUAGUAGUGUUUAUAAUCUACUUUGAUGUGAUAUCUUAUUUGGAAUUUCCAACUUUUGACAGCUGAGCUUGGCGAAUGUGAGCUCCCUGAACACACUCCAGAACUUGUUUCAGAAUUCCUAUUUACUCCUAAUCAAACUGAAGCAAUGGAAUUUGAAAUCUUUCAGAAGUGGAAAGAAUUCAGGUAUGGUGGGAAGAUACCUGAUUUUAUCUGCAAUUUAGCAUGUGAUGAGAGAGAGAGAGAGAGAAAGAGAGAGACCAGCAAAGAAGUGAAUUGAGCUCUCUGUCAGAACUGGCCCCACCACUAUCACUGGAGAAACGAGAAGCGGCUGCAGUUUCUGCUUCCAGCAAGAUCACGCCAGUGCCUUCAACUGUGCAACCCCAAUAAGCAAGGCUGUGGCGGAGGGGCGGUGGGGAAGAUGGCACCUUCCCAUUUUGCCUCAGGUGGUGAAACGGGAUGGGCCAUCCCUGCCAGGAGGGAGAGUGACAAGGUGGUGAGGAGGUCAGUGUGGUGCAGGCACACUGGCAAAGCCAAUUUGGUGCUAGUGUUCCCACAUUCCCACACUCAUCUCCCCACCGCUUCGUCCACCUCCCACCCAGCAAAUGGGAAGGUAUUGCUACAGCUCCAUCCCACUAGAUAAAUAGCUUCUGGUCUCUGUAGUAAGACAUACAAAGGGCUUGUCCACACCUCCGCUUGUCCCAUGCCUAGAAAGCAUGGGUCUGCUUGACCCAUGGUUUUCUGCUUGACCCACACUUUCUAGGCCCGAGUCCAAGCCUUUCUCCCCUUGCUCCUCUCCUUUCCCAGGGAAAACCCGCUCUUUAGCUCUAAAUCGGAGCAAAUGUCAAUCUGGAAAAAUACUAGAAUUGCCAUUUGCUCUGACUGAGGGCUAAAGAGCAGUUUCUCCCAAAGGAAAGCAUCGGGACCAGAGGAAGUGUGAAUAAACCCAAAACUGAAUCCCUAAGGCUUGGUGGAAGGAAAGAAGCAAUACCUCUGAUUAAGAACUGUUUUUCUCCCUUCCAUUUUCCUAGGGGAAAGAGCCCUGCACAGGCAGAAAUGUGCUACUUGAACAAAGCCAAAUGGCUAGAAAUGUAUGGGGUGGAUAUGCAUGUAGUUAAGGUAAGAGCUUCUCCCUGCCAUUUAUUUAUGCAGAGGGUGGGAAAGAGGUUCACCGUGUGGCUCUAAGACAUUGUGCUUAAAAGCAGCUUCUUUCACCUGUUUCACUUUCUGAAUGUACGUCUUGCAGAUGAUUUUUUGUGUUUGAUAUAACAUCAUUUGUUUGCUUGUAGGGAAGAGAUGGUUGUGACUAUGCUCUUGGGUUGACACCAACAGGGAUCUUGAUCUUUGAAGGGGCAAACAAAAUAGGUUUGUUUUUUUGGUGAGUAAUUCCUACUUACACUUACUGUUAUUCAAUACUAAUCUCUCUCCACCGCCUGAAAAAACGGAGAGAUUGACACUCCCCCAGCUCUUCAGAUUAGCAUGAUAAUAAUAAAACAGCAUUUAUAUAUAAAUAUGUUACAUAAUGUUUUGUUUCUCUUGAGAAUUAACCGUUUACGUCAUCUGUCUUCUAUGUGAUCAGGCCUAAAAUCACAAAAAUGGACUUCAAAAAGAGCAAGCUGACCCUUGUGGUGGUCGAAGAUGAUGAUCAGGUAAUGAACCCAACCUAGCAAUAUCCAGAGUCCCAGGAGUUCAGCAGUUGACCCUGAGAGAUUCAGCACAUUGACAGCCCAAGUUUUCUUUCUGUGACAUUGGUUGGCAAGCUGAUUGCAUGAAAACUUACAAGGCUUCCAUUUUUUGUCUUUCAGGGUAGAGAGCAAGAGCACACAUUUGUUUUCAGAUUAGACAAUGCUAAAACGUGCAAGCAUCUCUGGAAAUGUGCAGUGGAGCACCAUGCCUUCUUUCGGUUGCGCACACCUGCAAACAGUAAAUCUAGCCGGUCAGAUUUUAUCAGGCUGGGAUCCCGCUUCCGAUUCAGGUACCUAUUUGCAUAUGCACCCUUGCAAAUAAGGCCACAGAAGCUGCUAAGUCACAAAAAUUUGGCUUGUUUGUUUGCUUGUUUUAAUAGGAGUCUCUCUCCUGCCAGACACAUUGGCAGUCUUGGAUAAGUAGGAAUGGUGUCUGGUUCCUUCUAGCAAUUGGAGAGGGUGAGCACGAGUAGGGAAACCCUCCGGAGGUCCUGGAGGUCUUGGCUUCGCUUCUGCUUUGCAAGGCAGCUCUUUGCACAUAUUCUGAGGACUCUUUUGAGGAUGAGGUUUUUGUAAUCUGGUAAUUUAGGGUUGCAGGACAGGCACCCCCCCCCCAAUAUAUACACCUAUACUCAAAAAUCUGCACUGGGUGCUAAUUUGUUACUGGGCCAAGUUCAUGCUAUUGCUAUUGUUAUGGCCAGCUUUGGGUCCAGUUUUCUUAAGGUUGCCUUUCCCCAUAUGAGCCCAUUCAAAUCAUUUUAUCUGUGGAACUUGUACUUUUACAAGUGACACGUGAUGUCCAUUCUGCAUUCGUGAGGUGUUGUUCCUUUAGUGUAGCAGCACCUGUAUCCUUGACAGGUGUCACUCACAGUAUGAUAUGCAGGCUUAUGCAGAAUUAAUUGGUCAGUUGAGACUCCAAUGAUUUAUCCACUUAAGAUUUCUGAAACUGGGUGAUAGCCAGACUUGUAGCUAUAUUGAUUGCUAUGAAGUGCCCUUGUUGUCUUUAAUUUUCUUGGGGAAAGAGAUGAUUUUUGAAGCCACAAAUAAAUGUAAAAUACAGUUGUACUAAGCUAAAGUCUUGGUUUUGCAUACAGCAUUUAUAUGACUGUGUAGGUUUUGUGUUUUGAGGAUGGGAGCUGUUAGUGAAGUAAACUAAGGCUGAAAACUUAAGCCCUCUUACCUGGAGGAAAACAUUGUUGAACUUGCUGGGACUUGCUUCCAAGUAGAUUAUAUAGAAAUGCGCUGUAAGUCUUUGUUACUUCUUAUUUUUUUAAGUGGUCGAACAGAAUACCAGGCAACACGUGGAUCCAGACUACGCAGAGCCAGUACCUUUGAAAGGAGGCCCAGCAAGCGAUACCCAUCCCGAAGGCAUUCAACUUUCAAAGGUUAGAAUUUGCAGCGAACUUGCAUGCCAUAUUCAUUAAGCAAAUUGCUUAACUAAAAUUAGAGCUUAUUUUCUCCAUUGCAUCUCACAUACCAUAAUAGCUUUGUUUCAUCACACCAUGAAGAAAUGCAAGGGGAUGUCCUAAAACAAAGUUCCCCUUCCACUUUGUAGUGCUCCUGUUUGCUAGUUUGUUCUUAAAUCUCCCCUCCCAAUUAUAUUUUGUUCAUUUUGUUUUGUUUCUGUCAGUUUCCUUUCCCGCACUCAUUAUUUUUCUGGUUUAUUGCUUCUCAGAAGCACUUGAAAAGCCCCAAGUUCAGGCAAGGUACUUCUCUGUACGUUGUUCAUCAAAUACAACAGAGGCCUUAAAGAAGUCGACAACACCUACAGUCAUGAAGAAGCGGCACUCAUGAGACAGACCAUAGUUUAGCAUGAUGAGAGCAAGGCACAGCAAGCCUUGUUCUCCUCCCCUCUUCUCGCACACCUGCGAGGAAGAGCUCAGAGGAUUUCAGUUCUAAUUUCCAUUAACUACAGUUCAGUAUGACACUGGAACCCUAAAUUGUGGGUAAUGUUAGCUAUGGCUUGUUUAAACAAGUCAACUUCAUAACCCCUGGUUUGAAGUUUGUUUCAAACGAACCAUAGUUAAGAUUCAUGCUGUGUCUGGAUUGAGUGACACAAGAAGUUGUGAUUAAUCUAAGUUGGAAGUGAAAGCUUCUGAACUUCUUGUGGUCUCACCAGAGGAUACAAGUGAACACAAGUCAGAGGCUCUCUGCAGCUUUUUCUUGUCGUGCUAACCUAUGGCAUAACGUGACAUCUGGACACCAUCAGCGUCUUUUGAAGGUGGACCCUAAGCAUAGCUGCAUUAGCUUUUUGGCACAAUCUUCAGUCACAGAAUCUCCUUUUCACCCACAGAAGUGGGCUGUACAUUAAACUUCCUUUGUGUGCCUAGGUUGGGAAGUACAGAGAGGAGAGUUCAGUUGCAGGUGCCUCAUUCAUCUCCACCCUGUUUUCAUGAGUAGGAGUUGGAUGGAGAGGAGACCAUGGGGGCUGUACAUGAAAACUUAGGGCAGACAGACCCACUUAUUCCCCCUUCUGUCACUUGCUGCCCCUUAUGUAAUGCUGGAAUGUUAUCCUGUAUAAAAAACAGAGGCUUGGUUUUUUUCAAAAAUAGUGAUGUUUACCCUUGCUUUUCUGUGCCCUCUCUUAGCAAGCAACACUCUCAAAGCACCCCAGAUUUGGUAAGUGUGAUCCAUCUUUCACAUUAAUUAUUUGGUUUGGCAUCUGCUAUCCAAGCUGCCCCUAGAUAAAUGUACUGCAAACCUGCUAGUGCUGGAACUCCUAAUAUGUCCCAUUAAGGGAUCCGAAUAGGUACAGAAAACAUUUUACAAGCAGUGACGCUCCUCAUCUCUUAACUCAGAAUACAGGCAUGAUGUUCCUGAGCACUUAAUUUGUGGUUCAGAAGCAGGCAGCAGGAUCAUGUGCUUCUCCAGUGUUUGAAUCCUCCCUCCCCAACAUUCAAAACUGAUUUGAACCAUUGCAACUGAAUUCAGUUGGGAAUUGUUUAUGCUGUAAACUGUCCUUGGAUACUUGGAGGGGUAUAAAUUUAAUAAAUCAGUCUUCCAAAGCCACUGGCUGAGGCAAACUUGGAAUGUUUUCGGAUGUUCCAUCUGCCUCAGAAGUUUCACUUCACAAGGUUGAGGCACAGGUGGCAAUAUGCGGUUGGAAGGAGAAUGGAGCACAUCAUCAUGUUGGUCAGCUGCGUGAGAGGGAUUGUUUUGCAAAAUGUUUUGCAAAAGCACCUCCGCAAGUUGCAGUCUCUCGAGCUGCCAUUCUAAUAGCUACACUACUUAAAACAUAAUUCAAACCUGCUCGCUAAGAUCUUAACGGCAUUUCCCCCCCUUGCGUUAGCUUGCCUUGUUCAUUAAUAAGAUAAGCUUCUGUGUUAUACUUUAUGAGAACUAUGCAAAAAAUAAUAAUACCAUUUUUGUUUUAGCACUAAAAAUAACCAAGAAGUCCAUAACUAUCAGGUAAGAGGAAUACUGAAUUCUUAUUUUUCUGUUACCUUAGUUAUAGCACCAACAGUGUCAUGAUCAAAGUGACUUGCUUGCUUGCCGUACCAUUUGUGAAUAUUUUUGGUGUGCUAAUGUCAUGUGCCUUUCAUAUAUUUGUAUGUUUGUGAAGUAUGUUGGCUAAAAGUGAAGCCGUAUCUGAAAGCUGGCAUUCAAGGGGAUUUCUUUAAAAAAUAAAAUUAGAAAGUUUGAUUAAGAUUAAAUUUAUGUUUCAAAUCUAUGCAUUGUACACAUACACUUAUUAGAGAGCAAUGAGAAACUGAGAUUAUAAGAUUUCACCUAUGAAAUGUGUGAAAACGCUUAAACAAAUCAAAAUCACUUGGAGGAUGCUGUCAGUCUACCAGUUGUGUGGUUCCACUUUGGACGCAGUGGCGAUACAUAACAGAUGUACAUAAACUCAAGUACUCAGAAGAAAGAGAAGUGAGAAACGGUCACAGCAGCCUAAUGAGAUAGUUGGCCGAUCAGCCACAAAAGUAGUAUCAGUGUCUCAUUUAGAUUUCAGACUGGAUUGAUACAUACAGCAUAAGGGAACUGUGAGGAGGCAGAAUGCCUGUACUACUUCAGAUUACAGGAGAGGGAAUCGCUUUGUUAAAAAUGCCUGUCCACCACUGCAAAUAUAAAACUAGCACAGAAGGAAGAAAUAUUCUUGCCUAAUUCCCCUACUACUAUAUCCAGUUGUAGGGAAGCCUUUUAUUUAUUUAUUUUGCGUUCAGAACAUGAUCACCCAGAGUCUGAAGUGAUACAGUUCAUUCUCAGAUCUCGGGACUCCCUACUUUACUCCUAGUCAAGGGCACACCUGGGUCACUUCUGAAGUUGCAAAGGCUGCACGUGAAGAGGAACCUCAAAAGUCAAAGUAAACUUUCGAAUGUGUUUUUGCUCAGAAUUGGAAUCAAUAUUUGCCUUAUAGGCAACUAUAAAGUUCUCUGCCAGUGUGUAAGCAGUUUCAGUACGUUUGUUCCUUCCUUCCUUCUUUCCUUCCUAAAAGGCUGCUGUGGAAACCUAUGUAAGUGAGAUUACAAAUUCUUCAGUAACCUAGGUUCAUAUUUUAUUUCCAGCCUCCGUAUCACCCCAAUAUGCACCCUGGCCAAUCACACUGGCACUCACAUCCUCCUGUAAAUCUAAGGUAAGUGAUUGCUCUGUGCAGAUGUUGUAAAAGUUAUUCAGUCUAGGGGGGGGGGAAUGAUCUCACUAGUUGGGAAACAGGACCAUGUGUAUGUUUGUGUGUGUGCAACAUGUUGCUCCUAAUCUGGUGUCACCUGGGGGCUAAGCAUAUGAGCAGAGUGCCAGGAAAUCCUCAGCUCAUCUAUGAUCUCCCUGUAUGAGAAUAGGCAAACCACUGUUCUCAUUUUCAGCCAUCAUCUGUAGUACCAGCACCUCCGUAAUUCUAGCCUGUCUUGAAGGUAAGGAUUGCAGAGAUAAUGUAUAUAGUUUGAAUACUGGGGAAGAAAUGCUAUUUGAGAAAGAGGGGAUGUGAAGGAAUUUUUCACAGAGGCACCUGUGAUUUUGGAGAUGGCAACUCAGAAACAAAACUUGGCUGUAUAAUUGGGGUUACCCAAGCCUGUAGAAUUACAGAUAGCUAAAAUUAAAAAAGAGAAAUCGGUGGACUUUAUGAAAUCUGAAAUCUGUGAUAUGGGAAUGGUGCAUAACACAACCCUCUCAGGAUGCCAAGAGUGGAGAAGUCCAUAACGUGAGGACAUAGCAUGGGUUGCUACACAUUAAUGCCGGGGGGGGGGGUUGCUGCUCAGGCCCAGGGGGGCAGAUGAGGCUUCACACUGCAAGCAUUUUUGCCUCACUGGAAAAUAUCCUUGAGCACUGCCAAUGCCUCAUUUACCUGACUGGAGGAAUGACUGCUGUGUGAGUGUAUGUGGAUAAAAUUUGCUUCUCUGGCCCCACCCAACAUUGGCACUUGACCCUCAGAAGGGAAUUUUGCCCCCCGGCUGAAAUAGCCCCCCCAACUCUGCAUUAAUGGGAAAGGGAGGCCUCAAAGCAGAAUCAACUCUCUUUUUGAAGAACCAGAAAUUUUAAAAAAUGCAAUAUGGCUUGUGAGAAAUCAGAAUUUGAGAAGCAACAUUGCAGAGAGAAAGUUGCUGUCAAAAUCAUAUAAUCAUUUUAAAAACAAACAAGUUUUUUAAAAAAUAAAAUAAAAAUUGAAGCUGGAUCUAGUAAAGAUUUUUACGCCCAUCAAAGAAUGGGACAUUUUUAUUUUAAAAGAAUCCUGAUUUUCUGAGACAGUUAUUGAUAGAGAAAACUAUUAUAAAAUUAAACAGCAUGGACAAUCUAUCAUCUAGUUAGGAUCGGAGAGGGGAAAUGAUGGCACAAAUAAUUCAGAAGAUGGUUAAUGAGAUUUUUUCAAUUAAAAUGAGAGCCUGAAACUUCCUUAGUCUUAUCGAAUAUCAUUAAAACUACCAUUGGCUGGACAAACAAGAACCAAUGGUAUAUAUAAAUAAAUUAUGGAAGACAGAUUUUUUAAAAAAAAAUUCUAGUACUGAUUUUUUUUCUUUAAAUGGGUCAAUUUGAGAGAGCUACAUUUUCAGCCUUGGAGUACGCUUACAGCCUUUUAGAGUUCAUCAAAAAAUACAAAAUGAACUUGGUGUAAAUGAAAUGGGAUUUUGGCUGCAGAGUUCUCCUGUUUCUGGGAGGGUACCCCACAGGCCACUGGAUGUUUUGGAUCAUUCUCUCGGGGGGGGGGGAGACGUCACAGAAUAGGGAGGCAGGUCUGAGUUUGGGAGCCCUCCCCCCGCCCCGGCCAUUGUGGAAACCUUGUCUUAGCACCAUCAGACCUCCAGCAUCAGUGGAGGCAAAAAAGGCGGCACAUUGGGGGACCUGAAAUGGGGGGAGCUGGUGUAUGAAAUGGAAACAACGGAAGUUUCAUAAAAAAUGAACCCUGGAAAAAAGGGGGGGGGAUGAUGCCCUGCCCUCUGUUUUUCUCUAUUCUUCUCAGCUUUUACCAAUCUAAAAGUGUUGGUGGAAAUGUAUUGUGUAGUGAAUUAUAUUUUGUAUGUUUUAGUGUUUUGUCUAAAUGUGGGGUUUUUUUUGUUAUGUCUUAAUGUUUUUAUAGAAUUAAGUAAUAAAGACAAAAAGGAGUCCCACAUUCAGGUAGCAUUUCCACAUUACCCAUAAUGCCCACAUAGAGCAGCGCACAUGAUUUCAGUACAUUUUCAGUGUACAACUAACCUGUUUUUACAUUAAUGUGCAAAAACAGCUCUCAAGUGUUGAAAAUUCCUUAGGGCUGUUUCAUCAUUUUUCUUCAUGGAGCACAUCUCUGAGAUAAACCUGGUGAACAGCUUCUAAGUGGUCUACUUGAGGCAGAAUAAACACUCAUAUGCCACUUUGCAAGUGUCUGUGUCUGCAAUUCCAUGCAUACACAUGUAGGGGAAAGCACGGCACAUAAUCCUCCGGGGGGAAAGUUCUGCGCAGCCUGCACUGCACAGAUGGACAGUGUGUUUCUCCCAUUCAUUGAAGUGGGACUUGGUGAACUUUCUAGAGGAUUGUACUCCAUCUGUGGUUUCAGUUCUUCAUUCCCCACUUAGGUUUCCCCCCUGCUAAUAUUUUCCAUCCAUAUAGUCCCCCACUGUCGUCUCAUUUUCCAUGUAUGUGAUCAGCUCAUUUAUUUUGUCAUUCAUAACUGUCUUUUUCCUUUUUGCUUCUCAUUCACCAUCACUCUGCAUAUGCUUCAGGCCACCCUAUCAGGAUGACAGGCUCUGUUGGAAACAAUCCCCAAAUGAAGAGGACAGCAAUUUGUGGUAUAUUCAGGACCAGAACCAGAAGAACUUAGUUGGGAUCCAGAGCCUGUUGUAUCAGGAUAAGCUCAUGACAACCCUUUGAGAAAGAACCAUCUCUCACCGCUUUAUGCAUCAUCUCACAUACUCAUUGCAUUCCAAAUAAGUUUUUAAAAAUGUGUCAUAAUCCAUAGAGCAUAAGGUGUAGUAGACAAAGACUUGCAAGCUGUAGUUCCAUUACUUUGGAAAAAGCUAAGAAAUAUGCCCCAAAUUCUGGAAUGUUGCAGGUAGUUUAUAAAACUGUCAUUAUUUUUUGACUACUGUAGCCUUUGCAUUUUUGUUUUGUUUCAUUUACACACAGUUGCAGCUGUUCUGUGGUUUCAUUUAUGAAUAAAAUCCAGCAAUGAUAGUCUUUCGCUUUUUUUCUUUUGAGUUAUACUGAAAUCAGGAGUCAAUAUAAUUGUAGUUAUUAAAUAUGACUUAAUGGCCAGUGAUAAAGGGAUCCAGAUGACUAAUAAUGAAAUGCUUUUAAAAAUUCUGUUUAUCCCUGAAACAAAUAGGUUUUUGCACCAGGUUAACAAUUAUACAAAAAUCACUAGAGUUUAUAUAUAUAUAUUUAUAUAGCACAUCUGACUCUUUGGAUUUUAUUGAUCAGCUUAUAAAGUAAUGAACGGGUGUUAAGAUGGUGCCUUAAUAACUGGUGGUGCUGUCUUUCAGUAGACUUGUGUUCUUAGAUGAAAGAAAAACCGCCUUAGCCUGGUGAUGCUUCUGGUGCUACUUCUUCUCUGUCCCAAAUUUAUUUGGCCUACGUGUUCAGGAAUCCCAGGCUCACACAUUCCAUUCCAACCACAGUUCCUGUCUGUAGUCAUUCAUUUUUGCCUUGGGUUGUGUGAGGAGCAGAGAGAGGGUUUAUAUGAGCACCUAAGACCCAAUCCUGAGCUCAUCAUGCAAGGACAUUAGCUGUCUGAAUGCAUCCCAAGAUUUUGGUUCUAAAAGAUAGUUUAGACCUAUGUAUUUUGACAUGAGAUAUGGAUAAACAAGUUCAGCUUCUACAGUUGGAUAUACAUUCUUUAGCUACACACUCAGGUUCCUUAAACAAGACAGGCUAAACUUGUGAUAGUUUUGGUUUUCUUGAAUAUGGAGAUAACAGUGCCAGCUUUGGUUCACGUGUUGAUUUGGCCUUCAAGCUGUGAUCUUUUGAAAUUGAUUGAAAUAAGGAAUAUCUUGCUAUUUGGGGGUUAUUUUAAAGUGCUAGUGUUGUUCAUAUGAUUUUACAGAAUCUAACUUUAUAAAUGAGGGUAAGUCUACUUCUCCUUCAGAGCAAAUACAUGAUAGUUUAAUUUUUUUAAUUUAAAGUACGUUUACAAAUGCUAUUACAUUUGUUUUGAUCUUUGUAUGUGCUGAGUACAAAAAAAUAAAUAUGAAUAUUUUCUGUUGUCUUUG